GAAUUUUCUACCAAGAUGUCAAAGAAGUCCAAGAAGAAGAAGAAGCAGAAGAAGGAGACAGAUAAGUUAUCUUCUUCCUCCAGUGAGGUGAGGAGCUUGCUGACAUUUGUUAUUGUGACCUCAGAGUCGUCUCUUACAUCUCUUACUAGGAGUGUUAACCAAGGCUAAAGGUGUGUUUUUGUUUUGUGCUGAAUCCAGCAGUCGUCACAGAAGCAAAAGGGCACCAAGAAACGCAGUAGUGCAGAGGGGAAGCACCAUGGCAGCUGUUCUUCCGAGGAGAAACGGGGGAGAGAGAAAGGAGUUAGCCACUACACCCCAGGGAAUAGGGCAGCAGGGAGCAGUGACAAGAAAGACCGGGAGUUCAAGAAAGCUCUCUACAGACAGGGGAAAACUACCUCACAAGGUGCAGCGGAGGGAAAAAACGCCGGUCCGCUUGGAACCCUUUCUCAGGACAGCUCUGUGAGGAAGAGUUGCCCCAGCCAGGAUGGGUUGGCUACCUCAGGGGUCAGGACCGCAGACAGAAUGUCCUCCAAACCAGUCAGCAGUCAGAGUGCGAAUAAGACCCAGUCCCAAAAUGUGGAGAAGAUCCAUACGUCCCAGGGAAGCUCCAGUAAGCCAUCCCAGGGAAGCUCCAGUAAGCCAUCCCAGGGAAGCUCCAGUAAGCCAUCCCAGGGAAGCUCCAGUAAGCCAUCCCAGGGAAGCUCCAGUAAGCCAUCCCAGGGACGCUCCAGUAAGCCAUCCCAGAAGAGCCCCUCCAAAACAGCCUCGAGCAGACUGCCGACGAGUCCCAGGUCCCUCAUGGCCCAGCUGAAGGAGCAGAGGAAGACACUGGUGAAAAGGAGGUCCAGACCUGAGGAGAAGCCUGGCACUGGGAAGGACCACACCUUCCAAGGUAGGAGCUCCCAGGAACCCCAGCUGUCCCUGUCACUGGCUGAGGAGAUGAGGGAGAAGAGGAGGAAGCUAGUGAAGAGGAGAUCUGAAGAAGAGAGGGAGGAUGUGCUAAAGGCUAAACGGGACCAGAGUGGAGCAAAACCCUACAGUCUUCCCUCUAACACCACCAUCAAGCAGUCUUCCACCUCUACUAAAAACACUACCUUUGAGAAAAUCUCAAACACAGCAAGACAUAGGCCUGCCUCCCAAAAGCAGGAGAAUGUCUCUGAUCUGUCCAAAACAUCCAAGACAUCUAAGUCCACGUGUGCCAAGGUAGAGAUGCCACUACCCAAACCUCAGCUGCCUCUCAAUUUUAAGAUCCCAAAGAAGGCCAAACUUGUGCCACUGCCAGUUAAUAGUGCCAUCUGGGGGGGUGACCAGGAGGAUAGUAAUGACAAUAAGACCAUCAGUGCUCGAGCGAAGGUGGUGUCUCCUGCUUCUAGGCUUUCUCACCACACAGGGAGUGCGUCCAAACUUUGGACACCAAGGAGUGUGUCCAAACUUUGGACACCAAGGAGUGUGUCCAAACUUUGGACACCAAGGACUGUGUCCAAAUCUUUGGACUCAAAAGACGGUGUGUCGGCUGCUGUGAACAGAAACAAGCAGCACAAAUGUGAAACGGUUCCAGAAUCUUCCAAAGGUUCUAAAGAAUUACAGCCCAGUUCAGCUCAAGGGAUGACAUCACCACCCUGUAACAGAACAACAUCCCCUGAAGAUUAUAUAGAAGUCUAUGAUAAUGACCAAGAGGUAGGUUUCUCAACAUCAUGACCAAUUAUUGAUGUGUGUGAGUGGGUGCGUGCGUGUGUCCGUAAGCUUGCGUACAGUGGGGUGUGUGUGUGUGUGUGUGUGUGUGUGUGUGUGUGUGUGUGUGUGUGUGUGUGUGUGUGAACACGUCCUCUGUGUCUGCUAGAUGCAGCUGGUGGAGGAGCUCCAUCUGGCCCGCAGUGAGAAGAGGCUGGAGCUGAAUGUGGUUGAGAUCUAUGGAGAACUCACCAGCAUGGACAUCGACCCAUCAGAGGAGGGCGCCACAUUCACAUUCAGUGAGAGAACCACCACUAACAAACCCUCCGCACCUACAAGCCAAACAAUUACAGAGACAUUAUGCCUUGAGCCAAGUGUUUUAAUAGAAGGAAUAUAAGACAUUAGAUUUGCCCGUCAGGGCCUUCCUCCUCCUCAGUAUGCACAUAAGGCCAUCGGGGACGAACUCAGUAUUAAAACCCUGCUCUCUGGUCACCUGUGUAGGUAAGGAGGAGGAUCUUCAGCAGGAUCUGAUCGUUGUCCUGGACACCAACAUCCUUCUCAGUCACCUAGACUUCGUCAAGAAGAUAAGGUCACACGGCCUUGGAGGUGUGUGGAAGUGGAAGGGACACUGUUUAAAAAAUGACUAGAUUCAAUAAAUCCCACUACCCCAAUUCCAAUCACUCAUAGAACACAGUUCUCAUUUUGAUCAACUCUCUCCUUCAUCUCCCUGCUCCUGCUCCUCCUCCUCCACUCUUCCUCAACCUUCUUCUAUUCCCCCCCUCUCCUCUCCCCCUCCGACACUUCUCCUCCUCCCCCUCCUCCUCCUCAUCUCCCCUCCCCUCCCUACCUCUCCUCCCCCACCCAUCCUCCACCUGUCCUCCCCCACCUCUCCUUCUCCCACACCUCCUCCCCCACCUUUCCUCCUCCUCCCCUGUCUCCCCCUCCUCCUCCCCAUCUCCCCUCCCCUCCCUACCUCUCCUCCCCCACCCAUCCUCCACCUGUCCUCCCCCACCUCUCCUUCUCCCACACCUCCUCCCCCACCUUUCCUCCUCCUCCCCUGUCUCCCCCACCUCCUCCUCCUCCCCCUCCUCCCCCUCUCCUCCCUCAGCUCUAGGUCUCCCCACAGUGCUAGUACCCUGGGUGGUACUACAGGAGCUAGAUUCUCUGAAGAACAGGAAGAGGCUGUCCAGCUCUGUAGCCCACCUGGCCACACCUGCCGUUCAUUACAUCUACACCUGCCUGAAGAGCCAGGAGCCUCGGCUCUGGGGCCAGUCCAUGCAGCAGGCCUCUCAGAGCAGCCGUGAGUCCCCUAUGUAUUUUCUCCAUUGGCACCAACUGAAUGAUAGUUCCUCUGGACUGCCACCUGGUGGCGAUAGCGGCAUAGUGCUAUUUCAACUCAGCGCACACAGCAUCAUAAAACUACUUGUUUCAAUGACAAGCAGUCGCACUAGUAGAAUCUCUCCCUUUCUGCAGAAUCUCUCCCAAACUCCAUUUGAACUGUCAGCAGUAACUAAGCGGGUUCACCUAAGCCGACAAUAAAGCUUUUCUCUGUCUUCAGUGCUGAGGUGAUGGUCAUGACGCAUGUCUCCUGUCCCCUCUCUCUCUGACAGAGGGACUCAAUGUUGAGAAUAAUGACGACAGAGUGCUGCAGUGCUGCCUGCAAUACCAGAGUCUUUACCGAGAGGGCGCUCUCAUCCUCUGCACGUGAGUCCUCCCCCACCCACCUGCUGCAGUGUGUCUGCCUGUCUUUCUUUCCUCUGCAGAUACAUGCAUGCAGGAUAGGUUUGACUGUGUGUGUACCUGUCUGUAGAUAGUUCUGUAUGUGAUAUGGUGAUGUUUGAGAGGGAUACUGCUUGUCAUCAGUAUUCAUUUCUUCAUUUCACUAUGGCAAAGGGAUUCAUUUCCGUUACAAGCUGUUUCACACUCUCUGGUCACACACUCUCUCUCUCUCUGUCUCUGUCUCUCUCUCACUCUGUCUCACUGUGUGUGUGACAAAUGCAUUUGUAGAAAUCUCUUUCUGUCUGGUUGAUUGACUGUGAUUGUGUGUAUGUCCACAGUAAUGAUAAGAACCUGUGUAGUAAGGCCCUGCUGAGUGGGGUGAAGGCCCUCAGUAAGGCUGACCUGGAGGAGGAGGUGGACAGGCUCAAAACGCCUGGUGUCCACAACCUGACCCCCGCCCCCACCCAACCCCACACACAGACCCCUAUCAGCACACAGACCCUCAUCCAGACCCGUGACCACCAGGAACCCAGCCCCUUCCCAGGCCGGCAGCAGAAUGAACAGAGGAGGAGUGACGGAGGGAAAGAGAGAGGAAUGGAAGAGGAGAAAAAGAAGGUUGCAGAAGAAGCCCGGGAGCUGAGCAGCUGCGUGUCAGUACUGGAGGACUGUCUGAAGGAGGCGCUGUCUCAGGUGCUGGAGGUUGAGAUGAAGGCAGCCUAUGAAGAACUGUGGACAGAGGUAAACGGUUUAUAUUUUUUGCAGUGGUGGCAACAAUUUAGCAAUAAAAGUCAGUCUAAAAUGGCACAAGAAAAUAUUCAUCCAUAAAUUCCUUUUGGGCAAAACAUAAUCCAAAACAAGUGCAAGUUUUUAUAGUCACAAGAUUGAUGUAGUCAUUGCGUGCAAGGAAUAUGGGACCAAAUAUUAAACUUUUGACUACUUUAAUACACUAUAAGGUAAUUUGUCCAAAUACUUAUGACUUCUUCAAAUGGUGAGACUAGAUACAUAAAGUGUUUUCAUUUCUAAACGGUAAAACGGAUAUAUAUGAAAAUGCAGUCAAAUAUAAACGGACAUUCUCUACUGUCACCUAACAUGAAACAUUCUAUCUCAAAUAUAAAAUGAUUGGGUAUAGUGCCCCCCAAAAAAUAAAAAUGUGCCUCACUGUCCAAAGACAUAUGGACGGGAGUGUAUAUACAAGUACGUAAACUGAUCAGAUGUUGGCUAUAAUUUUGUAAACUACAUUUUUGUUUGGAUACGAUAGAUCGUAUAUCUGAAACCGCCCUGGACUCUUGAAGGCCUCCUGCAGUGUUUCAAGAAACACUGGAUCUCUGUCUUUGGGAAUAUCGUCCCUCGGAAUCUGCAGCAAUCCCUGGAAAACCUUCACAACUUCUUCUUCUCAGGUGAGAAAUCAUGAUGACAUCACUGUCAGAUUACAGCACUCUCAAAAUGCAAUCAAAGUCCCUCUUUGGGAACUACAGAUGUAAAUGAGCUGCUAGCUAAAUCUGGUGCAACCCAUCUUUUCUCAGUUACUAAGACUUUUUGGUUGUACAUUGUCCAAAUAAACUAUAAAUAAUGGAAAAAAAACGAUAGAAUGUUAUGCGUGUACUUUGCACUCUUUGAUGGAUACUAGUCAAAACAAAACAAAAAAACAUGUAUGCAUUCACUAACUGUAAGUCGCUCUGGAUAAGAGUGUCUGCUAAAUGACUAAAAUGUAAAUGUAAAUGUAGUACAUUUGCAUGCUGAAAAUAAAUAGAUUCUGAUAGCCCUUGAUAUGGGCCCAGUGCAUUGUGCUGCUAAUAUAGUUAUCCCUAGCUAAAGCACACAGUAUUCAAGUUGACCGCACAGUGCUAUACUGCCUACGCUAGUGGUCUUAGUGCUCUACAGAACUAUAUUCAGAAACGUGUGUCAGAAGCCAUAUGCUGACUGAGUGGCUAACUGCAGUAGCCAUACUAAACAUGCUGCUCAGUACUGCCCUGGCUAACUGCAGGAGCCAUACUAAACAUGCUGCUCAGUACUGCCCUGGCUAACUGCAGGAGCCAUACUAAACAUGCUGCUCAGUACUGCCCUGGCUAACUGCAGUACUGCCCUGGCUAACUGCAGGAGCCAUACUAAACAUGCUGCUCAGUACUGCCCUGGCUCUGUUUGUCCUGGCUAACUGCAGUAGCCAUACUAAACAUGCUGCUCAGUACUGCCCUGGCUAACUGCAGUACUGCCCUGGCUAACUGCAGUACUGCGCUGGCUAACUGCAGGAGCCAUACUAAACAUGCUGCUCAGUACUGCCCUGGCUCUGUUUGUCCUGGCUAACUGCAGAAGCCAUACUAAACAUGCUGCUCAGUACUGCCCUGGCUCUGUUUGUCCUGGCUAACUGCAGGAGCCAUACUAAACAUGCUGCUCAGUACUGCCCUGGCUCUGUUUGUCCUGGCUAACUGCAGGAGCCAUACUAAACAUGCUGCUCAGUACUGCCCUGGCUCUGUUUGUCCUGGCUAACUGCAGAAGCCAUACUAAACAUGCUGCUCAGUACUGCCCUGGCUCUGUUUGUCCUGGCUAACUGCAGGAGCCAUACUAAACAUGCUGCUCAGUACUGCCCUGGCUCUGUUUGUCCUGGCUAACUGCAGUAGCCAUACUAAACAUGCUGCUCAGUACUGCCCUGGCUCUGUUUGUCCUGGCUAACUGCAGUACUGCCCUGGCUAACUGCAGUAGCCAUACUAAACAUGCUGCUCAGUACUGCCCUGGCUCUGUUUGUCCUGGCUAACUGCAGUAGCCAUACUAAACAUGCUGCUCAGUACUGCCCUGGCUCUGUUUGUCCUGGCUAACUGCAGUACUGCCCUGGCUAACUGCAGUACUGCCCUGGCUAACUGCAGUACUGCCCUGGCUCUGUUUGUCCUGGCUAACUGCAGUACUGCCCUGGCUAACUGCAGUAGCCAUACUAAACAUGCUGCUCAGUACUGCCCUGGCUCUGUUUGUCCUUGUAUUACAUUAGCAGGUAUUGUGUGAGUGUGUUCCCCUGUUCUUUCCAUCAUCUGUAUAGCAUGACUGGGCUUUCCCCCCCCCCUAUUCUAAUCUUGGGUGGACUAGCCAGGACUAUUGGUGGGAGAGAGGUGGGGAGAGAGGAGGGGGAGGAAGGGAGUGGGAGAGAGAGAGAGGGAGUGGGAGAGCAGGAGGGAGGGAGUGGGAGAGCAGGAGGGAGGGAGGGAGGGAGUGGGAGAGAGUGAUGGAGUGGGAGAGAGGGAGGGGGGGAGUGGGAGAGCGUUGAGGGGGAGGGAGGGAGUGGGAGAGCAGGAGGGUGGGAGAGCGGGAGGGAGGGAGUGGGAGAGAGAGAGAGGGAGGGAGUGGGAGAGAGAGAGAGGGAGGGAGUGGGAGAGAGAGGGAUGAACGGUGUAUAUCGAGGAAUCCAGAAGUGGAAAACUACUGCAGUGUGUUACUGUUUGUGUGUGCACAGUGUUUGCAUGUGUGUGGGUGGAUGUGCACGGAAGGGAUGUGACAUUAGGUAUAAACAGACACAAACACCAUCCAGCUAGUCUCUUUGGCAAAAUGCCCUCUGCCUGUCCUCCUGCCUGUCCUCCUGCCUGUCCUCCUGCCUGUCCUCCUGCCUGCCCUCCUGCCUGUCCUCCUGCCUGUCCUCCUGCCUGUCCUCCUGCCUGCCCUCUGCCUGUCCUCCUGCCUGUCCUCCUGCCUGCCUGUCUCCACCUUUAUCCUUCCUCCUGUCUUCUCCCCUCAGCAUGCUACAGAGACAGAUACUGUACACUAAUAGAAACCAGCAGCACAAAAAAACAUUGCUGUACAUUUGCCUUUAGAUUAUUUCCUAGAAGUCUUCCUAUUAUCCAUUAACUGCGCUAGUACUGGCUCUGGUUAAUAACUACUGUUCUGUCAGGACAAACUGGCUCUGGUUAAUAACUACUGUUCUGUCAGGACAAACUGGCUCUGGUCAAUAACUACUGUUCUGUCAGGACAAACUGGCUCUGGUUAAUAACUACUGUUCUGUCAGGACAAACUGGCUCUGGUCAAUAACUACUGUUCUGUCAGGACAAACUGGCUCUGGUCAAUAACUACUGUUCUGUCAGGACAAACUGGCUCUGGUCAAUAACUACUGUUCUGUCAGGACAAACUGGCUCUGGUCAAUAAAUACUGUUCUGUCAGGACAAACUGGCUCUGGUUAAUAACUACUGUUCUGUCAGGACAAACUGGCUCUGGUUAAUAACUACUGUUCUGUCAGGACAAACUGGCUCUGGUCAAUAACUACUGUUCUGUCAGGACAAACUGGCUCUGGUCAAUAACUACUGUUCUGUCAGGACAAACUGGCUCUGGUUAAUAACUACUGUUCUGUCAGGACAAACUGGCUCUGGUUAAUAACUACUGUUCUGUCAGGACAAACUGUGGGGCUGCUUACGAUUGGCCCCUGUGUUUCUCAUUGACGUAUGUGCGUGCGUGACUACAUGUGAUCCUGUGUGUGUGUGCCUGUGUACUAGUGUGUGUGUGUGUGUGUCUGGUUAAGUGUACAAAGUGUGUGUGUACACUGACGUUCUGGUCUCUCUCCUUAGGUAAAUCAGUAGAGUGUACCUCUACGAUGCUGGCUCUGUAUGAGGCUAGAGAGCUGCUGCAGGCCUUCGGCUGCAGGUCAGACUACGGUGGGCAUGUCCGACCGGCCCUCUCCACCCUGAACUCCCUGCUGCAGAGGAUACUCCCUCAGGUACGCUGCCUGGAGCUCAUUCAGGACUGCAACAUCACACGGUGGCAAAUACGUUUUCUUUAUGUUUUGGACCCAAGUUUUCCAAAGUUGUUCAAACUUAUUUGUAUUGUAUUCUUGUGCGUUUCUUAAAAUCUCUUACCGUUUUACCAUUGAGCUCUCAUCUAAGAGACAUUCCAAUGUUUGUGCUUGUUUACGAAUGACAAAUAAAUACAACUUGAACUUUAUCUUGGUAUGUAGCCAGGGAAAGUCUCAGAGGAGACCCACACCAGUGAUGGUGACACCCUCAUGGCGGAAGAGGAGGAGGAAGAGAAACAGACCACGCCUGCUCAGGUGUCACACCAGGAAGUGUGGGUGAUGUUUGAGAACAUCUGGAACAAUGUGUGUGGGAUCAGGUGAGCAGAUGAUACAGAGUUCAGGUUUAGGAUCUGUGGAGAUUAGGCCAUAGUCGGGGAGUUGGGGUUCUAAAUACUAGUAUUUCUAACAUGCAUUCUAAAGAUUGUGCAUGUUAAAGGGACAUUUAUUUAAUGAAUGAAUGUGAGUAUAUGUUAGUAUAAGUAUGAUGUUGACCCUAUGUUCUGUCUCUGGUCACUGUGCUGUGUUCAGCUCUGCUGUGUUCGCUGCUCUCCGCUUUGACCCGGGCGCCAUAGAAACCAACAAGCCAGUAGAAGGUCCUCCUCUUCCCCAGGACGCCCUCUCCUGUCUGCACAGACUAUCUACUGCUGUCAGACAACUGCUACAGGCCUUUACCAGGUGCGAUACCUGACAUAUCUCUCACCUCACCUUAAACACCUGCAAACCUUGUAGCUCUUAGGACCAGGGCUGGUGACCACUACCACCCCAGACUCAGACUUACCAUAUUCAAUGAGGCUGACUUUUAGUUUUAUUAGUGCAUGAAUCACUCAGCUGUUCCAGACUACAGCCCUAAGGAUGUGUUUUGAGGGAGCGUUUGCAAAUUGCCCAGAAAUGGGACAAUCGUGAUGACAUCCCAGUACAGCUCCUGAUUGAUCUCCUUUGUCUUGUCUGUCUGGCUUCACUCUCUCCUCUCUGCUAGACUCACUGCCAUUCAGGCCAAAGCCAGGGAAGAUAAUAGUGAGUCUGCAGACAAUCUGCAAUCUGGAACACUUCCUUCACUUUCACAUUACAUCACUCAUGGUUGCUAUGGUGAUUAAGUUAUAAAAAAAUAAUCAUCCCAGCAGUCAAGGGUGACUGAAAUUGUUCAUGUGAUGGUUGACGUCUCAAUGUGAUGUUUCUAUUAGUUUUAAAGCCGUUUGUCUUACAGGAGUUUGGCUUUCUCCUGGACAGCCAAAUGUCCUCGCCUUGUUUUCCGCUACAUUGGUUAGCUACUCCUGUUUUCCACCACAUUGGUUAGCUACUCCUGUUUUCCACCACAUUGGUUAGCUACUCCUGUUUUCCACUACAUUGGUUAGCUACUCCUGUUUUCCACUACAUUGGUUAGCUACUCCUGUUUUCCACUACAUUGGUUAGCUACUCCUGUUUUCCACUACAUUGGUUAGCUACUCCUGUUUUCCACUACAUUGGUUAGCUACUCCUGUUUUCCACCACAUUGGUUAGCUACUCCUGUUUUCCACUACAUUGGUUAGCUACUCCUGUUUUCCACUACAUUGGUUAGCUACUCCUGUUUUCCACCACAUUGUGGAAUAGGAUUGAAAGUAAGGCAUGCUGCUGUACACACACACACACACACACACACACACACACACACACACACACACACAGCCUCAAACGGGGGUCUGAUUUGGUUGGUGUUGGUGAAUGGUGGCCCCUCAGUCAGGAACGCUCUUUCAACAGUAACUAUGAACAUUCUGCCUCAUUGUAGUUUGAAGUGGUGUGUUCAUUUAAUUAACCUUUAUUUAACCAGGUAAGUCAUUCUGAAAAAUAACGACCUGUGCCCGUUUUCCCGAUAGCGAUGGAACUUAGGCUUACGAGUGUUUUUAACAAUGCAUCUUUCCUACAAGAUGUAACAUGUUUCCCAAAACACCACACAGAGAGAACGGGUCGCUAAGUGCGUCGUUGGAGCAUGUGUCGAUACUGAUAGGAUUGAAAGAAAGGCUGUGCUGUUCUCGGGUCAGCUUUCUCCAUUCAAAUCUUUCCUUAACAUUAUAAUUACAGUGCCUUCGGAAAGUAUUCAGACCCCUUGACUUUUUCCACAUUUUAUUACGUAACAGCCUUCUAAAAUGUAUUAUAUAUUUUUUCCCCCUCAUCAAUCUACACACAAUACCCCAUAAUGACAAAGCAAAAACAGGUUUGUAGAAAUGUUUGCUAAUUUAUAAAACAAAAAGGGAAUAUCACAUUUACAUAAGUAUUCAGACCCUUUACUCAGUACUUUGUUGAAGCACUUUUGGCAGCGAUUACAGCAUUGAGUCUUCUUGGGUAUGAUGCUACAAGCUUGGCACACCUGUAUUUGGUGAGUUUCUCCCAUUAUUCUCUGCAGAUCCUCUCAAGCUCUGUCAGGUUGGAUGGGGUGCGUUGCUGCACAGCUAUUUUCAUGUCUCUCCAGAGAUGUUCGAUCGGGUUCAAGUCCUGGCUCUGGCUGGGCCACUCAAGGACAUUCAGAGACUUGUCCCGAAGCCACUCCUGCGUUGUCUUGGCUGUGGGUUUAGGGUCGAUGUCCUGUUGGAAGGUGAACCUUCGCCCCAGUCUGAGGUCCUGAGCGCCCUGGAGCAGGAUCUCGCUGUACUUUGCUCCGUUCAUCUUUGCCUCGAUCCUGACUAGUCUCCCAGUCCCUGCCACUGAAAAACAUCCCCACAACAUGAUGCUGCCACCACCGUGCUUCACCGUAGGGAUGGUGCCAGGUUUCCUCCAGACGUGACGCUUGGCAUUCAGGCCAAAGAUUGGUUUCAUCAGACCAAAUAAUCUUGUUUCUCAUGGUCUGAGAGUCUUUAGGUACCUUUUGGCAAACUCCAAGCGGGCUUUCAUGUGCCUUUUUACAGAGGAGUGGCUUCCAUCUGGCCACUCUACCAUAAAGGCGCUAUUGGUGGAGUGCUGCAGGGAUGGUUGUCCUUCUGGAAGGUUCUCCCAUCUCAACAGAGGAGCUCUAGAGCUCUGUCAGUGAUUCUUGGUCACCUCCCUGACCAAGGCCCUUCUCCCCCGAUUGCUCAGUUUGGCUGGGCGGCCAGCUCUAGGAAGAGUCUUGGUGGUUCCAAACUUCUUCCAUUUAAGAAUAAUGGAGGCCACUGUGUUCUUGGGGAUCUUCAAUGCUGCAAACAUUUUCUGGUACCCUUCCCCACAUCUGUGCCUCGACACAAUCCUGUCUCGGAGCUCUAUGGACAAUUCCAACCUCAUGGCCUGUUGGACCUUAUAUAGACAGGUGUGUGCCUUUCCAAAUCAUGUCCGAUCAAUUGAAUUUACCACAGGUGGACUCCAAUCAAGUUGUAGAAACAUCUCAAGGAUAAUCAAUGGAAACAGGAUGCACCUGAGCUCAAUUUCGAGUCUCAUAGCAAAGGUUCUGAAUACUUAUGUAAAUAAGUUUUUUUUUUUUUUUUUUUAUACAUUUGCAAAAAUUCCUAAACCUGUUUUCGCUUUGUCAUUAUGUGUAUUGUGUGUAGAUUGCUCAGGAAUAAUUUUUGUUUAAUCCAUUUUAGAAUAAGGCUGUGGAAAAAGUCAAGGGGUCUGAAUACUUUCUGAAGGCACUGUAUUUCAUGAUACUGAUGACGGAUCAGCUUCUAGAGAGAUUAUCGCCUAUGGCUGCAAAUAUUGAGGUGUCUUAUUCCAAUUCUUACUCUAUAAUAAUGCACUUAAUCAAGAUUUGGAACAUCAUUACACACUUUAGGCUACACAUCAUGAAAUAUAGAAAUAUAUUGAGGCAAUAAUGACAAAUAGUAAAUUAACAUAAAAUUGAUUUCAAUAUCAUUGAAAGGGAGGCUAUUUAUCUUUUAAUGCAGUCAUCCCGGUUUUCAUUUUAAGCAUCUGUUUUAUCCUUCGCUUGUGUGUAACAAUUGCAAAGACAUUGGCAACUUUGUAUUUGUAGUCUACUUCUUUAUCGGAAGAUAAUAAAAAAUAAACAUCUUGAUUCUGUGACGCGGUAAGUAAAAAAGGCCUCUAACGAAGCACUUAGCUGUUCUGAGGCAGUCGCCAAUUCCUCCCCAAUUUCGUCAUAUCCAAUUACGAUCUUGUCUCAUCGCUGCAACUCCCCAACGGGCUCGGGAGAGGCGAAGGUCGAGACAUGCGUCAUCUGAAACAUGACCCGCCAAACCGUGCUCCUUAACAGCCGCCCGCUUAACCUGGAAGCUAGCCACACCAAUGUGUCGGAGGAAACACUGUUCAACUGACGACCGAAGUCAGCCUGCAGGUGCCCGGCCCGCCACAAGGAGUCGCUAGAGCGCGAUGAGCCAAGUAAAGCCCCCCCGGCCAAACCCUCCCCUAACGUGGUUGACCAAUUGUGCGCUGUCCUAUGGGACUCCCGGUCACGGCCGGUUGUGACACAGCCUGGGAUCGAACCCGGGUCUGUAGUGACUCCUCAAGCACUGCGAUGCAGUGCCUUAGACCGCUGCGCCACUCGGGAGGCCCUUAAACAAGCCUUUUCAAGUGCAACUUUACUAACAAUAAUUUUGGGAAACGGCUCAGAGAUUUAACGAUGCUCCUACGAAGGUUCUAACAAUGAACCUAGCCUUAGAGCGACUGCCUAAAAAAAGUAAUGAAUCCCUUUGAAAAUGGCCUAUGUGGCGUCGAUAUGAGUCAGAAACAGUUAUUAUAUUGUCAUCAUUGACUACAAAGUGCAAAUAGGAUCAUUUUGAUCAUACAGUCAGUCUCGUCUAAAACGGAUUUUGGAACAUCCGUUCAUCACAACGGGUAAAUGAAGGUUGGGUUUUGAUUUGACGAUGUCCAUUUGCCCACUAACAUGGGGUGAACAGCUGCAGUGAGACAGACCUGCCCAGCAUUCCCGACUUUGUUUACAUAAAACAACACGUCGCAAUUUUUUUAAACUUGAGAAAUACUGCACCAAACACCUUAGUACAAUUGUGCAACUAAAACUUCCUCGGCAAAAACGUCAAUUAAUUACAGAUUUCUUGAGAUAUUUUAGAUUCAUUCUAGGGAUUUUGAGGAAGUGAAAUAGGCUUCGGUGUCUCAUGGGGGACAAACAUCAUUAACCAAACGCGGCAUCGGUCAGUAAACACGCCUCCAAGACUGAAAUCUUGUUUUUCUAAUGAGCAACAGAAAAACAUAUGUGUAAAUUGGCGUGUUCAGUGGCUCUUUAAGAUGCUUUUGGGAAACCAGGCCCAGACUGGUGUUUUAGAGAUCAUUAAUCCUUACAUUUGUCUGUUAACACCUCGCUCUAACUCUCAUUAGCACACACAGAGAAUCUACUGUACGUUAGUUAUAUAAUAUCAGAAUAUUAUAAGUCAUUCACAUUAUGUUCUAAUGAUGCCUCUUCACAACCUACCUAAUUUCUGAAUAUAGAUCAGGGCCCGAUUUCCCAAAAGCAUCUUAAGGCUUAGUUCAUUGUUAGAACCGUGUGUGUUUGUGUUGUGACGCGUAGUUCCAGUUUUUCAGGGCCCUCUGAGUUCCUGAAAGUCUAUUGCUCUCCUGCUGCACAUGAUGUGCAUUUGAAUAAAAACCCAUGGUAUUUCUGUACUGUACACAUUACGCAGAACAGGUCGUAGGUUAGAAAUGUAACAGAAAAGCCUAACAGCAAUGUACCUCAUCUUUCUUAAUCAUGUUCUUAAUCCCAAAAAUGAAGAUGACUUUCAUGUAUGCCCGUCUGUAGGAAGCUUGGAUGACUUUUAGAUUGGAUGUGUGUGUGUUGAAGCUGCUCCUGUGUGGUUACCUAGGAGACUGCCAGUCAGUCGCUCUUACAGUAGCUAGCACUGACGCAUCAUCAUCACCCCCCCCCCCCCCCACCCCCCAAGUCCCUGCCGGGAGAAAAUAUGUAUAAUGCAGACAGAUCUAGCCUGCUGAAAUGACUUUUCUCUCUCUCUUUCUUCUCUCUCUCUCUCUCCCCAUCGCUCUCUCCCCAUCGCUCUCUCUCCUCUCCUCUCCUCUCCUCUCCUCUCCUCUCCUCUCCUCUCCUCUCCUCUCCUCUCCUCUCCUCUCCUCUCCUCUCCUCUCCUCUCCUCUCCUCUCCUCUCCUCUCCUCUCCUCUCCUCUCCUCUCCUCUCCUCUCCUCUCCUCUCCUCUCCUCUCCUCUCCUCUCCUCUCCUCUCCUCUCCUCUCCCUCCUCCUCCUCUCCUCUCCUCUCCUCUCCUCUCCUCUCCUCUCCUCUCCUCUCCUCUCCUCUCCUCUCCUCUCUCAUUUCAAUGGGCUUUAUUGGCAUGGGAAACAUAUGUUUACAUUGCCAAAGCAAGUGAAAUAGACAAACAAAGGUGAAAUAAAACUUUAAAAGAAUAUAGAUAUUUCAAAUGUUAUAUUAUUGGCAAUGUUGUAACAAUGUGCAAAUAGUUGAAGUAUGAAAGGGAAAAUAAAUAAACAUAUGAAUAUAGGUUGUAUUGGUGUUUGUGCUCCACUGGUUGCCCUUUUCUUUUGGCAGCCUUUCCCUCUCCAUCUCUCUCUCCAUAUUUACCCUAAGACUUUAAUGACCCCUUCUAUCUCUUAAUUUUCCCUCUUCCAUUUCCUCUGUUACUUACUUAAUGACAGUGUGUGUGUAUAUUGUGUGUCCCUUCACUAAUCAGACCAUGGCUGUUGUGUGUAGGGUUCUGUCAACAGACAGCUGUCUAGAAGAUGCCCAGGCUCUCCUCUCCUUUGUCCAUUCCAGUGAGGUUAGUAUUUAUAACUCAUAGUAACCCAAAAGUCUCUGUUUGGUAUCAACCAGGACAGUCCAACCUCAUCUGAGAUAAUUCAUGUUUCACCUUUCCAUGGAUAUUGUUUGUUUCCUUUUUGGACAUUGUAGGAUUAAUUCAUUCUAAAUGUUAAUAGGAUUGUGAUGUUACAUCACAUGUACUGUCAAGCUGAUUGGACUGAAUCUUAAUACUGUAAGUGACUUGUGCUUUAGAUUGCUGCCUUGGAGCCCAGGUUCACUGCCAAUGACCUGUUGGACUGUCUCUCACAGCACGAGUACAGGUGGGUGGAGACACAAACAUACAUUUACGUUUAUGUCAUUUAGCAGACGCUCUUAUCCAGAGCGACUUACAGUUAGUGAGUGCAUACAUUUUCAUACUGGCCCCCCGUGGGAAAUGAACCCACAACCCUGGCGUUGCAAGCGCCAUGCUCUACCAACUGAGCUACAGGGGACUAAACAUACACAACUACACUCACAUAAACACAAUUAGCUUUGUCUGUUUAGUCACCAUGCCAGCCAUUCUAGUUGCCAUUAUAGUCGCCAUGCCAGCCAUUCUAGUCGCCAUGCCAGCCAUUCUAGUCGCCAUGCCAGCCGUUCUAGUCGCCAUUCUAGUCGCCAUGCCAGCCAUUCUAGUCGCCAUUCUAGUCACCAUGCCAGCCAUUCUAGUCGCCAUUCUAGUCGCCAUGCCAGCCAUUCUAGUCGCCCUUCUAGUCACCAUGCCAGCCGUUCUAGUCACCAUUCUAGUCGCCAUGCCAGCCAUUCUAGUCGCCAUGCCAGCCAUUCUAGUCGCCAUGCCCGCCGUUCUAGUCGCCAUGCCCGCUGUUCUAGUCGCCAUGCCAGCCGUUCUGGUCGCCAUGCCAGCCGUUCUAGUCGCCAUGCCAGCCGUUCUAGUCGCCAUGCCAGCCGUUUAGGCGCCAUGCCAGCCAUUCCAAACUGUCCCCCCUAACCCUCUUUCUGGAAUUGCUGCGACUAUAAAAUGGGAUAAUGACACACACACACACACACACACACACACACACACACACACUUAUGAGUGGUUCAAUGAGUUCAAGACGCUGUGUUCUUCCGCCCUUUAGUUUUGACUGUUGGCUGGUCAUUAUCUCACACUGUCAGACUGGUUCUCUGAAUAAGAUGGGUCCUGUGUAAUGGAUAGGUGCUUUUGGAUUGUUAUUGUGGAACCAGGGAGAGCUCGCUAGCUAACUUUUUGGAUCCCGCGACACUGAUAGCCUCAGUUACUGGGAUCUCUAUAUCUGUCCAGGGAUCAUCCGGCCACUGGUCUGAGGAGCUGCUUGGCGUAGCAGCUAUUCUAGCUGCUAUCAAGCUAGCGGGGUUUCCUUGGGGGCUUGAACACAGCCCGCGACGCGGUUAGCCCAUGUGGCUGGGACCGCGGAUUGUCCCAGGCUUGUGGCUGUCUAGAUCCCUGCUGUUUGUUGCUGUUUCCAUCUGCCCUGUGACCUGCCCUGCGACCUGCCCUGAACAAUAGCAAGUCUAUUUUGCUCCAGAGAAGUAGCUCAUUGUUCCCUCGUUGGCGCCAUCUUCCCUGCGACCGGCCCUGUCUGGAACUGCUAGGAGUAACAGCAUAGCCUGCGUUGCUACCAUGAUAAAGACCAAAGCCGGUGGGAGUACCGUUGAGGACAGUGGUGUCUCUCUAUCACAGGUGAAUGAUCUUUUAAACAAACGAAAAUAGUUCUACAAGCAGUUGUUACAACAACGAGAAAAUAGCUUCAAGUGUUGUCCCCAAAUACUGGUGGAGCCAACUGACUAAAGAAUGGACAACCUGACCAGAGAGGUCCAGGACGUGAAGAACAGUUUGCAGUUCUCCCAGGGUCAGCUUGAUGAUUUUAAACAGGAGAACAGAAAGAUGACAGCAAUCUAUAAGUCAUUGAGAGAGGAAAUCAGUUCUGUAUGUGAAUUGAUGAUACCAAUCAUAGCGAAAUCAGAUUAUCUCGAGGGACAAUCAAGCCGGAACAACAUUGUUGUGGACGGAAUUGCAGAAUCUCCAAAUGAGACCUGUACGGAGUCUGAGGACAAAGUGAGGGAAAUGAUCACUGAGAAAUUGAAGAUGACCACCAGGAAGAUUCAGGUGGAUCGUGUCCACAGGACUGAAAAACCCACCACCGGCCCAGGUGACAGGCCCAGGCCGAUAGUGGUCAAGUUCAUGAGGUUCAAGGACAAGGUAACUCUUCUGGAAAGAGCCAAGAACUUGAGAGGAACGUACAUCUUCCUCAACGAGGACAAUCCUGAAGCUGUGCUCCAUAAGAGGAAAGAACUUACCCCAGCCAUGAAAGCUGCCAGAGCGCGUGGGGACAUUGCUUACAGCGAGGGAAAAAAGUAUUUUAUCCCCUGCUGAUUUUAUACAUUUGCCCACUGACAAAGACAUGAUCAGUCUAUAAUUUUAAUGGUAGGUUUAUUUGAACAGUGAGAGACAGAAUAACAACAACAAAAUCCAGAAAAACACAUGUCAAAAAUGUUACAAAUUGAUUUGGAUUUUAAUGAGGGAAAUAAGUAUUUGACCCCUCUGCAAAACAUGACUUAGUACUUGGUGGCAAAACCCUUGUUGGCAAUCACAGAGGUCAGAUGUUUCUUGUAGUUGGCCACCAGGUUUGCACACAUCUCAGGAGGGAUUAUGUCCCACUCCUCUUUGCAGAUCUUCUCCAACUCAUUAAGGUUUCGAGGCUGACAUUUGGCAACUCGAACCUUCAGCUCCCUCCACAGAUUUUCUAUGGGAUUAAGGUCUGGAGACUGGCUAGGCCACUCCAGGACCUUAAUGUGCUUCUUCUUGAGCCACUCCUUUGUUGCCUUGGCCGUGUGUUUUGGGUCAUUGUCAUGCUGGAAUACCCAUCCACAACCCAAUUUCAAUGCCCUGGCUGAGGGAAGGAGGUUCUCACCCAAGAUUUGACGGUACAUGGCCCCAUCCAUCGUCCCUUUGAUGCAGUGAAGUUGUCCUGUCCCCUUAGCAGAAAAACACUCCCUUAGCAUAAUGUUUCCACCUCCAUGUUUGACGGUGGGGAUGGUGUUCUUGGGGUCAUAGGCAGCAUUCCUCCUCCUCCAAACACGGUGAGUUGAGUUGAUGCCAAAGAGCUCGAUUAUGGUCUGAUCUGAACACAACACUUUCACCCAGUUCUCCUCUGAAUCAUUCAGAUGUUCAUUGGCAAACUUCAGACGGGCCUGUAUAUGUGCUUUCUUGAGCAGGGGGACCUUGCGGGUGCUGCAGGAUUUCAGUCCUUCACGGCGUAGUGUGUUACCAAUUGUUUUCUUGGUGACUAUGGUCCCAGCUGCCUUGAGAUCAUUGACAAGAUCCUCCCGUGUAGUUCUGGGCUGAUUCCUCACCGUUCUCAUGAUCAUUGCAACUCCACGAGGUGAGAUCUUGCAUGGAGCCCCAGGCCGAGGGAGAUUGACAGUUAUUUUGUGUCGCACCAACUGUUGUCACCUUCUCACCAAGCUGCUUGGCGAUGGUCUUGUAGCCCAUUGCAGCCUUGUGUAGGUCUACAAUCUUGUCCCUGACAUCCUUGGAGAGCUCUUUGGUCUUGGCCAUGGUGGAGAGUUUGGAAUCUGAUUGAUUGCUUCUGUGGACAGGUGUCUUUUUAUACAGGUAACAAUAUGAGAUUAGGAGCACUCCCUUUAAGAGUGUGCUCCUAAUCUCAGCUCGUUACCUGUAUAAAAGACACCUGGGAGCCAGAAAUCUUUCUGAUUGAGAGGGGGUCAAAUACUUAUUUCCCUCAUUAAAAUGCAAAUCAAUUUAUAACAUUUUUUACAUGCGUUUUUCUCAGUGGCGGCUGGUGAAAAAUAUUCUCGGUGGGGCUGUGCCAUACUUUUUUUUUCCUGUAACCAUCGCGAUAUAUUUUAACACAAACUGCAGGACAGCAGUGCUCAGUGAAACAUUCAGUAAUUAUUUAAUGCCAAUAUUAAAAAGUUGAGGCAUUCUUACACAAAAACAUAUUACACAAACCCAAGCCUUUCAUUUGCAUUUAAAGUGAACUUUUCACCAUUGGUAGUAAACAGGCAACGCAACAGGCAUGCUGUCAGAACAGAGUGGAAAGUGGACAAUAACAUGAAAUUAUUAUAAAGUUUAUAGGAAAUCUUACACUGUAUAAAAGGAUGUAUAAUAUAGAAAUGGAUAUCAAGUGGAUGAACUCAAACCUUUGACUGGAAGAAUAGCAUACAGUAUUUUAUGAUCAUACUAAAUGUGACUAAUUGUUAAUGUGCUCCAGAACUGCAACAAUUAAUUGAUACAAACAACAUAUAUACAGUAAUAUUAGCAAAGACACUAUUAAGACUUUCUGGAGUACCAUAUAUAACUGGAUUUUUUAUGCUAAGGUCAACUAUAUACAAAGAAACAUGCGGCCAGAGCUGCUCUGUGUGUGUGUGUCUGUCAUCUUAUUUGUACAGGAAUUUUGCCCGUCUGUCCUUCUGAGUGGCAAACCUCUCAAUGACCCUUUGAUUAAAGUCAGGAAUGUCCCUGACAAGUUUCUUCUCCAUGGAGAGCAUGGCCAGAGCGUUCAGGCGAUCCUGUGUCAUGCUGUUUCUCAGGAAGGUCUUGAUCCUUUUCAGUGUAGAGAAGCACCUUUCUGACUCAGCAGUUGUCAUGGGUGUGGUGAUGAGGAUCUUGAGGAGGCUGGCAGUCUCUGUGAAAGUGCUCUGAAGGUUGUUCUCCAUGAAGAACUGGUACAGGGGCACUGCACCACUACAAGCCUUGAACUCACUGUUCUCAUAGAUGAGGGACAGUUCGGUUUUGAGCUUGGCCUUGUUCAACAUGGGGUACGCCUCCACGGUUGUUUCAAGCGCUGUAUCGGGGAACUUCACACUGUGUUGUGGGAACAACUCUCCGUGCAAUAGUGUUGCGCUGAUGAGGUGCUGGGUGAAGGAGAACCUCUCUUUGGCAUGACUCAGGAUGGUAUCACAUACCUGUAAAAGAUACAUCAUCAGCUUUAAUUUGCAAUUAAGCUAUUUUGAUGCAAGUGAUCCUGACUGACACAUGCCUAUGUCCAACUCAAGUAUAUGAUUACCAAGGUGCUGAUUGUUCAGGGUUUUGGCUACAUACUACCAGGCCUGAAAAUAGUUCUAGGGGGAAACACUGACAAUUACAUCACAACUUACCUCUAUAGCCAACCUCUGUUGUUCUCCUGGUCCCAGCAUCCUCCGUCGCUUGAUGGGCUGUUGCUGCUCGUCAGAUGCGCUGUCCCCACACAAAGAGGGAAUUGAGGCCCUGGGUCCAAAAAAUAAAGUUUAAUUUGAUAACUUGCAAUCAGACUUCUUAACUCACUGUAAUUCCCCCUCAACACACAACCAGUGACUUUUAUAUAUAUAUAUAUUAUAUAUAUAUAUAUAUAUAUAUAUAUAUAUAUAUAUAUAUAUAUAUAUAUAUAUAUAUAUAUAUAUAUAUAUAUAGACAGACAGACAGACAGACAGACAGACAGACAGACAGAUAGUGUGUAUAUACAACUGCUUUUAACCUGUGAUGUACAUAAUUAACUGAUGUUAUUACGUUUUAAAGCCUUUUUCUAUUACAUUUGUGAGAGGGAUGCAACAUCAUUUUGUUCUGCUGUGCACUUAGCAAUAAAGUUAAUCUUCAAUAACAACUAGGCCUCUUCUAGAAAUUGACCUGGUGGACACCUGAAUAAUUAUUACAAACUGUGUAGUACUUUCCUGCAUUAUUAUCAACGUCUGAUUGUGUCUUCUCUUUCCUUUUAAAAUACUAAAACAAAUAUAAUUGUGACGGCUCUAUGAUAAUCACUCACUUUGAUGACCAGACACAUUUAGGCUUUUAAACUGUUGUAAGUGAACUAUUCAUCUUUCUAACAACAUCUUUAUCAGCCAAUAGUAAAUAUAGUUAUUUACCUGAUUGUUAGCAUGCUGUCUGUGAACCUCUGGACAAGUGCUUUAAUGAAGACAGGGUCGAUGUUCCUCUUCUGCAGCUGGCUGAAAAGCAUGUCCACAUUUGGCAUGAUCUUGUGGAACAGUGCCAGGAAAAAAACAGAAAGCCUCGUCUUCGAGCAUCCUCACAAAGCCCCCCCGCCUCUCUGACAGUCGGGGCAUCAAAGUUCCCAGAGUCUCUGAUGGUCUGGAAACACGUUAGGAGGUCAUCCCUGUACUCGUACACAGUGUUUACAGCGCGACUGUGGAAGUUCCACCGUGUUGUAGAGGCUCUGGGGAGUCUAUGCGCAACCACUUCGUCAAGCACGGUGGUUCGCUUGGGAGACCUGGAGAAGAAAGCAGAAAAUCCUGCAAGGUCGGAAAAGAAAGUGCCGAUCCUGGGGAUGCGUGAAGUAGCCUGCUGCAUGAUGAGGUUCAGCUGAUGUGCAUAGCAGUGGACGUAGUGCGCAUUUUCGUACACAUCCACUAUUUUACGCUGCACUCCGCCGGUGGCUCCCCUCAUCACACUUGCUCCGUCGUAAGCCUGGGCAAUAAGUUUGGCCUUUUGUCCAUGUGAGAGUAUGGUGCUGAGCCUCUCCAGCAGCGCUGUAGCGAUGGUGUCGGCGGUUGCGUUCUCGAUCAAAAUGAACUCGAAAAAACGCUCUUGGACGUUACUUUUAGCAUCGAUGUAGCGUAUCACAAGCACCAACUGGCAGUGGGUGGAAACGUCAGUCGUCUCGUCAGCUUGAAUGGCGAUAAAAUCAGCACUCUUUACUUCCUCCAGGAUGUAAUCCUUAAGCACUGACAGCAUACAGUCCAACAGCUCGUUCUGUAUCGUCUUUGACGUGCCCUUAAAAACGGUAGCUGUCUUCAGGUGCUCCUCCAGCACACUGUCGAGGGAGGCAACAAAAUCCACUAAGCCCCGGAAAAUGCCGGGGUUGUCCGAGGAGUCAGUCUCCUCGUGCCCACGCAAGGCCAACUCAAAAGCCCCACAGAACUUCACACAAUCGAUAAUUUUGGAUAGAAUGUGCCUGUUUUUAUCCACCUCCUCAUUGUGUUUCCUCACCGCAAUCCUGUGGCCGUCAUCCAGCUGCGUAGCAAUGUUCACCCUUCCUAAUACAGCUAGCUUUACAGAGUUGUCCAUGUGUGCCCUGGUGUUCUCAUGUUUCUUUACCUUCUCUGACAGGUGCUUCAUAUCCCUCACUCCGGUACCUGUCCAUGCUGAAUCUGACCCCGUCGUUUUAAAAAGCAAGCACGGAAAGCAAAAUAAAGCAUUAGCAUCAGUGCACCCAGCUAGCCAAGCCUUCCUGGUGUACCAGCUACGGGAGAAGCCGCGCAUAUACUGCUUCCCUUUCUCGCUAGCCUGCUGUCUGAUUGAGAGGUCAGGUUGAUCUGGGCCCAGCUCUUUCACCCGAACUUUCUCUGACAAAGUUCUCCUCUCAAACGGAUCUUGGAGGAGAGAUUUCACCGAGUUAGGGUUGGGUCUUGGAGGAGUAACGUUUGCGCUCGCCAUUGUCGUCUAGUAAAAAUGGCGCCACUGGAGCCCGGUCCUUAUUUUAUCAGGGGCGAGCUUGGGGCGAUAAAAUAAUCGCCCUCCUUGGAUUCGAAUUAAAAUCGCUGAUUAGCUACAUUUUAUGUCAUACAUUCAUAUCUUAAAUUAGCAAUUGGCUUAACUGCUACGUAGACCCGCCUCCUCGGGGCACUUUCUGUAUCGCCCAGAGCUGACGAGGCGUUUGACAGGCAGAGGAAAGGUUGCGAAUAUGAUUUUCUAUCAUAUCUUACACAUAUUACUGUGUGCAUUCCAUAUUUCAAACACACAAAUAUUGACAUACUGAUGUUUUUAUUAUUAUUAUUAUUAUUAUUAUUUUUUUUUUUAUUUUUUUUUUAAAAAUAAUUUUAUUUAAGGGGGCGGCGCCCUAGCGCCCUCUAUCGGCCAGCCGCCACUGGUUUUUCUGGAUUUUGUUGUUGUUAUUCUGUCUCUCACUGUUCAAAUAAACCUACAAUUAAAAUUAUAGACUGAUCAUUUCUUUGUCAGUGGGCAAACAUACAAAAUCAGCAGGGGAUCAAAUACUUUUUUCCUUCACUGUACAUCCGCUAUGUCAGGCUCAUUGUCCACACUCCCUCCCAAAAGUCUGGAAGGGAUGAGAGAGACAAGCCUCUGGGUUCGUAGCUUCAACCCCGCAGCACACACACACUUUUACAACUGAUUAAUGGACUGCUGAAUGUUUGUUUUUUCUCUUGCUUUGUUUGUUCUUUUCCAUAUUAUGUCUAUCUCUGGUAAGCUACCCAGGAAAGGGCAACAAAAAAAAACAUAUUUAAUAGAAGUAGCCUUUAGAAAUUAGGUUAAUGAAAUCAAUAACUUGCUAAUAUCAGAUAACAUAAAUAUGUUAGCCAUUUCUGAGACUAAUUUAGAUUCGUUUAUUUGAUACAGCAGUAGCAAUACAAGGAUAUAACAUCUACAGAAGAGACAGGAAUGCUUAUGGGGGAGGUGUUGCUUUAUACACUAUAUAUACACUACAGUGGGGAGAACAAGUAUUUGAUACACUGCCGAUUUUGCAGGUUUUCCUACUUACAAAGCAUGUAGAGGUCUGUAAUUUUUAUCAUAGGUACACUUAAACUGUGAGAGACGGAAUCUAAAACAAAAAUCCAGAAAAUCACAUUGCAUGAUUUUUAAGUAAUCAUUUGCAUUUUAUUGCAUGACAUGAGUAUUUGAUCACCUACCAACCAGUAAGAAUGUUAGUUUUUCUUUAAGAAGCCCUCCUGUUCUCUACUCAUUACCUGUAUUAACUGCACCUGUUUGAACUCGUUACCUGUAUAAAAGACACCUGUCCACACACUCAAUCAAACAGACUCCAACCUCUCCACAAUGGCCAAGACCAGAGAGCUGUGUAAGGCUGGCCUGCACAAGGCUGGGAUGGGCUACAGGACAAUAGGCAAGCAGCUUGGUGAGAAGGCAACAACUGUUGGCGCAAUUAUUAGAAAAUGGAAGUUCAAGAUGACGGUCAAUCACCCUCGGUCUGGGGCUCCAUGCAAGAUCUCACCUCGUGGGGCAUCAAUGAUCAUGAGGAAGGUGAGGGAUCAGCCCAGAACUACACGGCAGGACCUGGUCAAUGACCUGAAGAGAGCUGGGACCACAGUCUCAAAGAAAACCAUUAGUAACACACUACGCCGUCAUGGAUUAAAAUCCUGCAGCGCACGCAAGGUCCCCCUGCUCAAGCCAGCGCAUGUCCAGGCCCGUCUGAAGUUUGCCAAUGACCAUCUGGAUGAUCCAAGGAGGAAUGGGAGAAGGUCAUGUGGUCUGAUGAGACAAAAAUAGAGCUUUUUGGUCUAAACUCCACUCGCUGUGUUUGAGGAAGAAGAAGGAUGAGUACAACCCCAAGAACACCAUCCCAACCGGAAAGCAUGGAGGUGGAAACAUCAUUCUUUGGGGAUGCUUUUCUGCAAAGGGGACAGGACGACUGCACCUUAUUGAGGGGAGGAUGGAUGGGGCCAUGUAUCGCCAGAUCUUGGCCAACAACCUCCUUCCCUCAGUAAGAGCAUUGAAGAUGGGUCGUGGCUGGGUCUUCCAGCUUGACAACGACCCAAAACACACAGCCAGGGCAACUAAGGAGUGGCUCCGUAAGAAGCAUCUCAAGGUCCUGGAGUGGCAUGGCCAGUCUCCAGACCUGAACCCAAUAGAAAAUCUUUGGAGGGAGCUGAGAGUCUGUAUUGCCCAGCGACAGCCCCGAAACCUGAAGGAUCUGGAGAAGGUCUGUAUGGAGGAGUGGGCCAAAAUCCCUGCUGCAGUGUGUGCAAACCUGGUCAAGACCUACAGGAAAUGUAUGAUCUCUGUAAUUGCAAACAAAGGUUUCUGUAACAAAUAUUAAGUUCUGCUUUUCUGUUGUAUCAAAUACUUAUGUCAUGCAAUAAAAUGCAAAUUAAUUACUUAAAAAUCAUACAAUGUGAUUUUCUGGAUUUUUUUGAUUCCGUCUCUCACAGUUGAAGUGUACCUAUGAUAAAAAUUACAGACUUCUACAUGCUUUGUAAGUAGGAAAACCUGCAAAAUCGACAGUGUAUCAAAUACUUGUUCUCCCCACUGUAUAUAUACAAAAGCAUGUGGACACCCCUUCAAAUUAGUGGAUUCGGCUAUUUCAGCCACACCCGUUCUUGACAGGUGUAUAAAAUCGAGCACACGGCCAUGCAAUCUCCAUAGGGAAACAUUGGCAGUAGAAUGGCCUUACUGAAGAGCUCAGUGACUUUCAACGUGGCACCGUCAUAGGAUGCCACCUUUCCAACAAGCCAUAUCCCUGUAAUGCUUAGAGAUCUCAUGUCAAGUGUUAUUGAAGUGUUGUGGUUGCAGGUUCAUCUGCCUCAUCUAAAGCCUAUUAUUUUGGGAUGUUGCUAUAGGCCACUAACAGUUAGUAUCUAGAUAAUGUGUGUGAAAUGCUUGAUAGUGUAUGGGAUGUAAAUAGACUGGUCUUCUUUCUUGGGGACCUAAAUAUUGACUGGUUUUCAUCUGUUCGCUCAAGAUGAAGCUUCUCACUGUAACCAGUGCCUGUCUGGUUCAGAUUAUUAAUCAACCUACCAGGGUGUUUACAAACACUACAGGAACUAGAUCAUCCACAUGUAUUGAUCAAAUUUUUACUACUGUAGGACUUUGUUCUAAAACUGUGUAUGUACCCAUUGGAUGCAGUGAUCACAAUAUAGUGGCUAUAUCCAGGAAAGCCAAGGUUCCAAAAGCUGGGCCUAAAAUAGUGUAUAAAGCAGAAACCACACAGAAUUUGCGUGCGAGAGUAGAGAGCGUCCAUUCACAUACACUGCGUAGCGUAUGCCAACUUAAUUGUCAUGAGAAUCCAUAAUAAUAAUUAUCUCGAUCACUAAGGUGCAUUUUAAUUCCAGCGUGUACACACUCUUAAAAAAAACAAAAAACUUUUUGUUUGGUUUGGGCUUAAGAUGUCAUAGAAAAUAUUUUGCUUGGGACUUAUGUGGAUGAUGUUAAAAAUAUUUGUUGGUCUGAUUUGAUUAAUAAGGAGCAUCCAGACACUGCCCUUUAAUGAAUUUAUGAAAUUGCUUAUUCUAAUUAUUUAUAAACAUGCACCUGUUAAGAAACUGACUGUUAGAACUGUUAAGGCUCCAUGGAUUGAUGAGGAAUUGAAAAACUGUAUGGUUUUAAGAGAUGGGUCAAAAGGAGUGGCUAAUAAGUCUGGCUGCACAUCUGACUGGCUGACUUACUGCAAAUUGAGAAAUUAUGUGACUAAACUCAACAAAAAGAAGAAGAAUAUGUAUUAUAAAGCCAAGAUCAAUGAUAUAAAGAAUGAUGGAAAAACAGUACUUUAAAUGAAAUGGGCAGAAAGACAAAUUCAACUCCAUCUUUCAAGUGGGCGAACUUAGGCAGGAAAUGCCAACAACGAACAGUGAGCCAUCGUAUUUAUAAAAAACCUAAGAAUGAAAGAAAAGGAUUGUAAAUUCGAAUUUUGUAAAGGUAGUGUGGGAAGUGGAUAAAUUGUUAUUGUUCAAUAAUGACAAACCUCCUGGCAUUGACAACUUAGAUGGAAAGCUACUGAGGAUGGUAGCUGACUCUAUAGCCACUCCUAUCUGUCAUAUCUUUAAUCUGAGCCUAGAGGAAAGUCUUUGUCCUCAGGCCUGGAGGGAAGCCAAAGUCAUUCCGCUACCCAAGAAUGGAAAAGCGGCCUUUACUUGUUAGUGAUACACGGGUUGACUCAUAACCCAUAGUCCCCGCGGUUAUAUCCGCAGGGCGACAGGUUUAGGGUCAUUAAAUAUUGUGUGGCUGAAGGGUGGGUGCGUGGCGGGCGGGUUGAAUAAAGAGAAACAAUAGUUUAAAAAAUCAAUAAAUGUACACUACCGUUCAAAAGUUUGGGGUCACUUAGAAAUGUCCUUGUUUUCCAUGAAAACAUACAUGAAAUGAGUUUGAAUAGGAAAUAUAGCAUAAUGCAUAGGAAAUGAAGUCAUUGCCAAGGUUAGAAAUAAUGAUUUUUAAUAUAAUUAAUAAUUGUGUCCUUCAAACUUUGCUUUCGUCAAAGAAUCCUCCAUUUGCAGCAAUUACAGCCUUGCAGACCUUUGGCAUUCUAGUUGUCAAUUUGUUGAGGUAAUCUGAAGAGAUUUCACCCCAUGCUUCCUGAAGCACCUCCCACAAGUUGGAUUGGCUUGAUGGGCACUUCUUACGUACCAUACGGUCAAGCUGCUCCCACAACAGCUCAAUAGGGUUGAGAUCCGGUGACUGUGCUGGCCACUCCAUUAUAGACAGAAUACCAGCUGACUGCUUCUUCCCUAAAUAGUUAUUGCAUAGUUUGGAGCUGUGCUUUUGGUCAUUGUCCUGUUGUAGGAGGAAAUUGGCUCCAAUCAAGCGCCGUCCACAGGGUAUGGCAUAGCGUUGCAAAAUGGAGUGUUAUAGGGCCAAAAAGAUUGGAGAAUUUGAAUUUGUUGUUGAAUUUGAAUUUGUUGUUGCCUAAUAGUUUUUUGGUAGGUUUCGACACUACUUUCCUUCCAUCUAUAGCAUUUCUUAAUAUUAUUCUGUUCCUUUUGGCUUCCCACAGGGGGCUAGUAUGAAAAAUGUAUGCACUCACUAAUUGGAAGUUGCUCUGGAUAAGAGCGUCUGCUAAAUGACUAAAAUGUCAAAUGUAAAAUAGCCUUCCUUCUUUAAGAUCCCUUUUACCCUGUACAAAUCUCCCACUUUCCCACCACCAAAGCUCCCCCAGACCAUCACAUUGCCUCCACCAUGCUUGACAGAUGGCAUCAAGCACUCCUCCAGCAUCUUUUCAUUUGGUCUGCAUCUCACAAAUGUUCUUCUUUGUGAUCCGAACACCUCAAACUUCGAUUUGUCUGUCCAUAACACUUUUUUCCAAUUUUCCUCUGUCCAGUGUCUGUGUUCUUUUGCCCAUCUUAAUAUUUUCUUUUUAUUGGCCAGUCUGAGAUAUGGCUUUUUCUUUGCAACUCUGCCUAGAAGGUCAGCAUCCCGGAGUCGCCUCUUCACUGUUGACGUUGAGACUGGUGUUUUGCGGGUACUAUUUAAUGAAGCUGCCAGUUGAGGACCUGUGAGGCGUCUUUCUCAAACUAGACAUCUAAUGUAUUUGUCCUCUUGCUCAGUUGUGCACCGGGGCCUCCCACUCCUCUUUCUAUUCUGGUUAGAGCCAGUUUGCGCUGUUCUGUGAAGGGAGUAGUACACAGCGUUGUACCUGUAAUCGAAUCCACAAUUGCUGAUGCUCCAGAUACUCAACUAGUCUCAAGAAGGCCAGUUUUAUUGCUUCUUUAAUCAGCACAACAGUUUUCAGCUGUGCUAACAUAAUUGCAAAAGGUUUUUCUAAUGAUCAAUUAGCCUUUUCAAAUAAACUUGGAUUAGCAAACACAACGUUCCAUUGGAACACAGGACUGAUGGUUGCUGAUAAUGGGCCUCUGUACGCCUAUGUAGAUAUUCCAUUAAAAAUCAGCCGUUUCCAGCUACAAUAGCCAUUUACAACAUUAACAAUGUCUACACUGAUUUUUUUUCGAAAACAAGGACAUUUCUAAGUGACCCCGAACCUUUGAACGGUAGUGUAUAUUUAUUGUGCAAUUUAUAUAGGCUACAUUGAGGUUUUUCUUUCAUUAUUUUAGGCUAUCUGGUAUUAGUGCAUAAGCCUAAGCUUCAGGGUUUAACUGUACGGGUGCUAAAUAGCGUACACAGCCAAUCGCCAAAAAAUGCUUUUGGGAACGGGCAGAAAAAAUCAACGUCAAUCCACGGAGGCGAAAAAUACAUUGUCGAAAUGUAAUUCAAUAAGACAAAAGCUGCAAAGGGAGAGUUGAAAAUAAAGAGAAGGGAGGGCCAGAAAAGUAAUGUUUGGAAAAGAUUUGGUGAAAUGGUAAAAGAGGAUGAUAGCAGUGUUAUGUGUGAUGAUUGUGAGGCGCUAUACAAAUUCGACAGUCACAAGACGGGACUUCAAAUAUGCCUAUGGCACAUCAAGGCAACUGUAGCCUACUGUUUAGAUGGGUUAAAUGGAAACUGACAUCUGUACACUGACGGUAGGCCUUAAUAAUAACUCCUGCAGAAUGAAGCAUUUCUGAAAUCUUAUCAAAAACAUGUUGGGUCAUUUUCACAGGAUUCUUUUUCCUAACAACUGGUCAAACUGAUGUAAUUUGGACAUUUUGCACAGAAAGUUUUUCCUGUUGUUGUUAUUAUAUAUAUUUUUAGCAUUAUUGUAUUUUCUCCCCAGUCCCUAAACGUCUUUGCUCUGCGAAAGAUGACAGAGAACUUUACUGAUGUCAACUAGAUAGAAUAUUCAAUCAAUCUAUGUCACGUUCGUUUACGAACGAGAAGGACCAAGGCGCAGCGUGAUAAGCAUACAUGUUUAUUAAACGAAUAAACACACGACAAAAACAACAAAACGAAACGUGAAGUCCAAGGUAGCACACUAACAUACCCAAAACACGGAACAAGAUCCCACAACUAACUAGUGCCAAAAAGCUGCAUAAGUAUGGUCCCCAAUCAGAGACAACGAGCGACAGCUGCCCCUGAUUGGGAACCACACCGGCCAACAUAGAUCUACACAUACUAGAACAUAUCACCAUCGAAAUAAACACAACACGAAAUAUACACACCCUGACUCAACAAAUAAACGUCCCCUGAGUCAGGGCGUGACAGUACCCCCCCCCCCCAAAGGUGCGGACUCCGACCGCGCCACAUAAACAUAACAGGGUAGGGGCCGGGUGGUCAUUCCGCCUCGGAGGCGGAUCCGGCUCCGGGCGUGACCACCACCUAUUCUCCGCCUCUCUGUUGCGCCCCUGGUCAGGUCUGGACCUCGGCGCGCUGCUUCCCCUCUCCUUCCUCCCACGACGUACCAAGCCCUGUCUGGACCCUGGUGUGGGAGACCCCGAACCUGGAGAGGGGCUGACGUCUGGGUCUGGACUGGAACCGCUGACUGGAGCUGGACCCGACGACGGUGGAUCGAACUGCUCUGACUCCGGAGUGGAGCCGCUGACCGGAGCUGGAUCAGGCACCGGUGGAGCGGACUGCUCUGGCUCCGGAGUGGAGCGGCUGACCGGAGCUGGACCGGACCCCGGUGGAGCGGAUUGCUCUGGCUCCGGAGUGGAGCCGCUGACCGGAGCUGGACUGGACCCCGGUGGAGCGGAUUGCUCUGGCUCCGGAGUGGAGCAGCUGACCGGUGCCGGACCAGGCACCGGUGGAACAGGCACGGGCCGUGCCGGACUGGACACACGCACCACUGGCUUGGUGCGGGGAGCAGGAACGGGACGUACCGGACUGGCGACGCGCACCACUGGCUUGGUGCGAGGGGCAGGAACAGGCCGGACCGGGCUGGCGACGCGCCCCACUGGCUUGGUGCGAGGGCCAGGAACAGGCCGGACCGGGCUGGCGACGCGCACCACUGACUUGGUGUGAGGGGCAGGAACAGGCCGGACCGGGCUGGCGACGCGCACCACUGGCUUGGUGCGAGGGGCAGGAACAGGCCAGGCCGGGCUGGCGACGCACACCACUGGUUUGGUGCGAGGGGCAGUAACAGGCCGGGCCGGGCUGGCGACGUGCACCACUGGCUUGGUGCAAGGGACAGGGACAGGCCGGACCGGGCUGGCGACGCGCACCACUGGCUUGAUGCGAGGAGCAGGAACGAGCCGGACCGUACUGGGAACACGCACCACUGGCUUAAUGCGGGGAGCAGGAACGGGCCGGACCGGACUGGCGACACGCACCACUUGCUUGGUGCGAGGAGCGGGACUGGGUUCCUUUAUAAACCCCCGCUCCUUCUGCUGCCUAACCAGCUCCUCUCACCUUGCCUCUACACUCUCCUUCUCCCUUAUUGCCUCCUGUAGCGCCUCCCUCUGACCUAAUAACUUCUGCUCCCUCUGAACCAAUAGCCCCCUUAACCUGGUGGCCUCCUCUCCUAACCUGCAGAUCCGCCCUGUCGCUGCCUCCUGCUGCCUCGUCGUCCACACCGUGUGCCCCCCAAAAAAACUUUCUUGGGGUUGCCUCUCGGGUCUCCGUCGUCGGCACUGUUGGCGCCGUUUCUCCUCUCCUACCUGGGCAUCCUCAUUCAUCGCCCUCUGGUAACGGACGGCCUCUUCCUCCGUGAUUCUCCCCCAACCGAGGAGGACAUCUACUAAAGUAACCUCCUGUUUAAUUCCCGGCGUUUGCUCCUGAACACGCUGCUUGGUCCUAUUUUGGUGGGAUCUUCUGUCACGAUCGUUUACGAACGAGACGGACCAAGGCGCAGCGUGAUAAGCAUACAUGUUUAUUAACGAAUAAACACCACGACAAAAACAACAAACGAAACGUGAAGUCCAAGGUAGCACACUAACAUACCCAAGACACGGAACAAGAUCCCACAACUAACUAAUGCCAAAAGGCUGCCUAAGUAUGGUCCCCAAUCAGAGACAACGAUCUACAGCUGCCUCUGAUUGGGAACCACCACGGCCAACAUAGAUCUACACAUUCUAGAUCUAACACAUAGAAAACCACAUAGCAAACCCAACACAGAAAAUACACACCCUGACUCAACAAAUACAAGUCCUCAGAGUCAGGGCGUGACAAUCUAUUACAUUAUUUAUGUUUAUUUAGUAUUGUAGGGCAACAUAUAAUGACAGAAGAGAAGUUACAUGCAUCUAAUUAUAGACAAGUUGACUAACAAAUACCCUACCGAAAUGUCGGAAAUUAUAAGCAGAAACAUAUCUAAAUCAGGCAACAACAAAAAAAAUCAUUUUCUAUAUUUGCGGGAUAGGGUUGGGUGCAGAUUUUCACUUUAUCACAUAUAAUCGGGCGGUUGCGGAUGGAUUAUUAGCAAUUGUGGGUGAACAAACAGCUGACCCGCGCACCACUAUUACUUGUAUCUAACAGCCGACCUAUCAGCUUGCUGCCAGCUCUUAGCAAACUGUUGGAAAAAAUGGUGUUUGACCAAAUACAAUGCUAUUUCUCCGUAAACAAAUUACUUUCAGCAUGCUUAUUGAGAAGGGCACUCAAUAUGUACUGCACUGACACAAAUGACUGAUGAUUGGUUGAAAGAAAUUGAUAAUAAGAAGAUUGUGGGAGUUGUACUGUUAGAUUUCAGCGCAGCCUUCGAUAUUAUUGACCAUAACCUGUUGUUGAAAAAACGUACAGUACCAGUCAAAAGUUUGGACACACCUACUCAUUCAAGGGUUUUUCUUUAUUAUUACUAUUUUCUACAUUAUAGAAUAAUAGUGAAAACAUCAAAACUAUUAAAUAACACAUAUGGAAUCAUGUAGUAACCAAAACAGUGUUAAACAAAUCAAAAUAUAUUUUAUAUUUGAGAUUCUUCAAAGUAGCCACCCUUUGCCUUGAUGACAGCUUUGCACACUCUUGGCAUUCUCUCAACCUGCUUCAUGAGGAAUGCUUUUCCAACAGUCUUGAAGGAGUUCCCACAUAUGCUGAGCACUUGUUGGCUGCUUUUCCUUCACUCUGCGAUCCAACUCAUCCCAAACCAUCUCAUUGUAUUUGGUACAAAAAAACUCAGCUGAAUAUGGUAAUGAAUAGUGUGGCUGUUGACCAAGUUGAGGAGACUAAAUUACUUGGUGUUACCUUAGAUUGUAAACUGUCAUGGUCAAAACAUAGAUUCAAUGGUUGUAAAGAUGAGGAGAGGUCUGUCUGUGCUUUUUUGACACCACCCUCCACAAAUAAAGUCCCACAGGCUCUAGUUUUAUCUUAUCUUGAAUAUUGUCCAGUCAAAUGUUCAACUGCUGCAAAGAAGGGCCUAGUUAAGCUGCAGCUGGCCCAGAACAGAGCAGCACAUCUUGCUCUUCAUUAUAAUCAAAGGGCUAAUAUCAAUACAAGACUGACUAAAUCACUUCUUGUUUUUAUUAUUUUUAAACAAUGUGUUGGAAACUCCGAAUUGUUUGCAUAGUCAACUUACACACAGCUCUGACACACACACUUACCCCACCACACAUGCCACCAGGGGUCUUUUCACAGUCCCCAGGCCCAGAACAAAUUCAAGAAAAAUGUACAGUGUUAUACAGAGCCAUGAUUGCAUGGAACUCCCUUCCAUCUCAUAUUGCACAAGUGAACAGCAAACCUGGUUUUAAAAAACAAAUACAGCAACACCUCAUGGCACAACGCCUCUCCCCCAUGUGACCUACUUUUUGUGUGUAUGUUCUGACAUGUAUGUGUAACUGAUAGAUACACACACACACACACACACACUAAAUUUUUUAAAAUAUUUUUUAUUUCACCUUUAUUUAACCAGGUAAGCCAGUUGAGAACAAGUUCUCAUUUACAACUGCGACCUGGCCAUUAUGAGAACAUGUUAAUGUUUUAAAUGUAUGUAAAUAGUAAAGUAUUUUGUCUGUAAUGUCUUUUUUGUUACGUGUCGGACCCCAGUAAGACUAGCUGUUGCUGUUAGCGUCGGCUAAUGGGGAUCCUAAUCAAAUCGAAGCUUUUACCACAGAAGCUCACAGAAUGGUACCGCCGAGUGCUGAAGCGCUUAAAAACUGUCUGUCCUCGGUUGCAACACUCACUACCGAGUUCCAAACUGCCUCUGGAAGCAAAGUCAGCACAAUAACUGUUUGUCGGGAGCUUCAUGAAAUGGGUUUCCAUGGCCGAGCAGCUGCACACAAGCCUAAGAUCACCAUGUGCAAGGCCAAGCGUUGGCUGGAGUGAUGUAAAGUUUGCCGCCAUUGGACUCUGGAGCAGUGGAAACACGUUAUCUGGAGUGAUGAAUCACGCUUCACCAUCUGGUAGUCCGACGGACAAAUCUGGGUUUGGUGGAUGCCAGGAGAAUGCUACCUGCCCCAAUGCAUAGUGCCAACUGUCAAGUUUGGUGGAGGAGGAAUAAUGUUCUGGGGCUGUUUUUCAUGGUUCGGGCUACGCCCCUUAGUUCCAGUGAAGGGAAAUGACAAUUGUGUGCUUCCAACUUUGUUGCAACAGUUUGGGGGAGGCCCUAUUUCAGCAUGACAAUGCCCCCAUGCACAAAGCAAGAUGAAUUGGAACGCCGAUUGCGAGCCAGGCCUAAUCGCCCAACAUCAGUGCCCGACCUCACUAAUGCUCUCGUGGCUGAAUGGAAGCAAGUCCCCGCAGCAAUGUUCCAACAUCUAGUGGAAAGCCUACUCAGAAGAGUGGAGGCUAUAAUAGCAGCAAAGGGGGGACAAACUCCAUAUUAAUGACCAUGAAUUUGGUUUGACAAGUAGGUGUCCACAUACUUUUGGUAAUGUAGUGUAUUUUCUGUUUUAGAUCAGAGUGAGUGUUAGCAAUUUUCUAUUUGGUAUGUACAAAUUACAUAUAGUGCCUUCAGAAAGUAUUCAUACCCCUUGACCUAUUCCACAUUUUGUUGUGUUACAGCCUGAAUUCAAAAUCAUUUAUAUAAAAACAUUUCUCAUCCAUCUACACACAAUACCCCAUAAUGACAAAGUGAAAACAUGUUUUUAGAAAUUUUAGCUAAUUUAUUGAAAAUGAAAUGUAGAAAUAUCUCACACCCCUAAAUCAAUACUUUGUAGAAACACCUUUGGCAGCGAUUACAGCUGUGAGUCUUUCUGGGUAAGUCUCUAAGAGCUUUCCACGCCUGGAUUGUGCAUUUGCCCAUUAUUCUUAAAAAAGUUAUUCAAGCUCUGUCAAAUUGGUUGUUGAUCAUUGCUAGACAACCAUUUUCAGGUCUUGCCGUAGAUUUUCAAGUAGAUUUAAGUCAAAACUGUAACUUGGAAAAGUGAAUUCAUCUCCCAGUGUCGGUGGAAAGCAGGCUGAACCAAGUUGUAUUCUAUAUCAUGAUGCAGCCACCACUUGUACUCAGUAAUGUGUUGUAUUGGAUUUGCCCCAAACAUAACACUUUGUAUUCAGGACAAAAAGUAAAUUGCUUUGCCACAUUUUUUGCACUAUUACUUUAGUGCCUGGAUGCAUGUUUUGGAAUAUUUGUAUUCUGUACAGGCUUCCUUCUUUUCACUCUGUCAAUUAGGUUAGUAUUGUGGAGUAACUACAAUGUUGUUGAUCAAUCCUCAGUUUUCUCCUAUCACAGCCAUUGAACUCUGUAACUGUUUUAAAGUCAACGUUGGCCUAAUGGUGAAAUCCCUGAGCAGUUUCCUUCCUCUCUGACAACUGAGUUAGGAAAGACGCCUGUAUCUUUGUAGUGACUGGGUGUAUUGAUACACCAAGUGUAAUUAAUAACUUCACCACGCUCAAAGGGAUAUUGAAUGUCUGCUUUAAACAUUUUUUUACCCAUCUACCAAUAGGUGCCCUUUGCGAGGAAUUGGAAAACCUCCCUGGUCUUUGUGGUUGAAUCUGUGUUUAAAAUUCACUGCUCUGCUGCGGGACCUUACAGAUAAUUGUGUAGGGUACAGAGAUGAGGUAGUCAUUAAAAAAUCAUGUUAAACACUAUUAUUGCACACAGAGUCCAUGCAACUUAUUAUGUGACUUGUUAAGCACAUUUUUACUCCUGAACUUAUUUAGGCUUGCUAUAACAAAGGGGUUGAAUACUUAUUGACUCAAUACAUUUUUUAUUUCCAUUUUUUAUUAAUUUGUAAACAAUUUGUAAAACAUAAUUCCACUUUGACAUUAUGGGGUAUUGUGUGUAGGCCAGUGACAAAGAAAUCUCAAUCCAUUUUAAAUUCAGGCUGUACACAACAAAAUGUGGGAAAGGUCAAAGGGUGUGAAUACUUUCUGAAGGCUCUGUCUGUAUGAGAAAACAGCUCUCCAGGAAUCAGUCAUUCACCUCCCUGACUUAUCAGCCUGAUGGCCACCUGUCCAUACACUGUCUAUCUUGUUAUACAUAUGUUGCACACACACUCAGUCCCGUUUCCACUUCCACACGCAUGCAUUCAGUCUUCAGAGCCUUGUCUACACACACGUCAGUCAUUGGGAAAGGUGCGUGUGUUUGUGUGGUUGUCAUGGCCCAGUAGAGCUGCCAUCGUGCUGUAGGGUCAGUGGCUUUACUUACAGAGUGGAGCACCGUCUGGCAUGGGAUUAGGUGACAUCACACGCCUGACUAGACCUGCCAUCACUACCCUUCAUCUCACCUUGUUCACUGUCCACAGCACAUACUUAACAUUUAUCGUGUGUGUACGUUUAUCUCAGUGUUUUAACCUGUCUCUCUUACAUAAUUAAUUCCCCUCAGUCAGACACAACCUUAAACACUGCCGCCUUAUCACAGUCAGUCACCAGCCACCGCUGGCUACACAGUGGUUAUGUCAUCAACACACACAUUAGAGAUCAACAGCUCAGUCAGUCACACAGACAGAAACGCCAGAGGGUCUGGUGCGGUGUGUCUUGUGCUGCCCUACCAGACAUAGCCUCCAGGUGAGAGUGAGGUGAGGUGUCUGGUUUCAGAGGGGAAAACAACUGCAGUUCAGUUCUACCAUCCUUUGUGAUGUAAUUCAGUACCAUUCCGUUUGGUUUGUAAGUGACCUUUUAGAGGUCAUUUGAGUACAUUGUAAAUGAGUAUGGUCCAGUUUCUUAACAUAUCAACCAGGAGUACUUGUCCUCAAUUCCAAAGCUGCUGAAUGGAAAAAUAACUCAUUUCUGAUAACUUUUAUUUCCAAGGUUAUGGCAUAAUACACUGUUUACAUAAUAACCAGUAGGGUUUGUGGACAGAGCACUCAAACAAAAGGAACGCAUUACUGAACUACCAGUAAACCAUUCUUACAGUGAGGGGAAAAAAGUAUUUGAUCCCCUGCUGAUUUUGUACGUUUGCCCACUGACAAAGACAUGAUCAGUCUAUAAUUUUAAUGGUAGGUUUAUUUGAACAGUGAGAGACAGAAUAACAACAAAGAAAUCCAGAAAAACGCAUGUAAAAAAAAUAUAUAAAUUUAUUUGCAUUUUAAUGAGGGAAAUAAGUAUUUGACCCCUCUGCAAAACAUGACUUAGUACUUGGCGGCAAAACCCUUGUUGGCAAUCACAGAGGUCAGACGUUUCUUGUAGUUGGCCACCAGGUUUGCACACAUCUCAGGAGAGAUUUUGUCCCACUCCUCUUUGCAGAUCUUCUCCAAGUCAUUAAGGUUUCGAGCCUGACGUUUGGCAACUCGAACCUUCAGCUCCCUCCACAGAUUUUCUAUGGGAUUAAGGUCUGGAGACUGGCUAGGCCACUCCAGGACCUUAAUGUGCUUCUUCUUGAGCCACUCCUUUGUUGCCUUGGCCGUGUGUUUUGGGUCAUUGUUAUGCUGGAAUACCCAUCCACGACCCAUUUUCAAUGCCCUGGCUGAGGGAAGGAGCUUCUCACCCAAGAUUUGACGGUACAUGGCGCCGUCCAUCGUCCCUUUGAUGCGGUAAAGUUGUCCUGUCCCCUUAGCAGAAAAACACCCCCAAAGCAUAAUGUUUCCACCUCCAUGUUUGACAGUGGGGAUGGUGUUCUUGUGGUCAUAGGCAGCAUUCCUCCUCCUCCAAACACGGCGAGUUGAGUUGAUGCCAAAGAGCUCAAUUUUGGUCUCUUCUGACCACAACACUUUCACCCAGUUCUCCUCUGAAUCAUUCAGAUGUUCAUUGGCAAACUUCAGACGGGCCUGUAUAUGUGCUUUCUUGAGCAGGGGGACCUUGCGGGCGCUGCAGGAUUUCAGUCCUUCACGGCGUAGUGUGUUACCAAUUGUUUUCUUGGUGACUAUGGUCCCAGCUGCCUUGAGAUCAUUUACAAGAUCCCCCCGUGUAGUUCUGGGCUGAUUCCUCACCGUUCUCAUGAUCAUUGCAACUCCACGAGGUGAGAUCUUGCAUGGAGCCCCAGGCCGAGGGAGAUUGACAGUUAUUUUGUGUUUCUUCCAUUUGCGAAUAAUCGCACCAACUGUUGUCACCUUCUCACCAAGCUGCUUGGAGAUGGUAUUGUAGCCCAUUCCAGCCUUGUGUAGGUCUACAAUCUUGUCCCUGAGAUCCUUGGAGAGCUCUUUGGUCUUGGCCAUGGUGGAGAGUUUGGAAUCUGAUUGAUUUAUUGCUUCUGUGGACAGGUGUCUUUUAUACAGGUAACAAGCUGUGAUUAAGAGCACUCCCUUUAAGUGUGCUCCUAAUCUCAGCUCGUUACCUGUAUAAAAGACACCUGGGAGCCAGAAAUCUUUCUGAUUGAGAGGGGGUCAAAUACUUAUUUCCCUCAUGAAAAUGCAAAUCAAUUUAUAACAUUUUUGACAUUUGACAUGAUUUUUUUGUUGUUAUUCUGUCUCUCACUGUUCAAAUAAACCUACCAUUACAAUUAUAGACUGAUCAUUUCUUUGUCAGUAGGCAAACGUACAAAAUCAGCAGGGGAUCAAAUACUUUUUUCCCUCACUGUAUACUGCCUCAUAACAUUGACACAAAUGAUGCUAUUAUUAUUAAAAGCUUUCUGCUGUGUUCUUGUGUUGUUGAUGAUUACAGUUGGAGUCUGACAGUUAGGUUGAUUAAAACUAAAAACAUUGGGGGCUUGGCUGAUUCAUUUCCACAGAAGAGUUAUAAAUACCUCUGAAACAUUAGGCCUCCUCUGUAGAGACCACAGAAGAGUUAUAAAUACCUCUGAAACAUUAGGCCUCCUCUGUAGAGACCACAGAAGAGUUAUAAAUACCUCUGAAACAUUAGGCCUCCUCUGUAGAGACCACAGAAGAGUUAUAAAUACCUCUGAAACAUUAGGCCUCCUCUGUAGAGACCACAGAAGAGUUAUAAAUACCUCUGAAACAUUACAGGGUUUGCACAAGGUGCUUAAAGUACUUGAAUUUGGCACUCUGAAAUUCAAGUACUGGAAUACCUUGCAAAUCAGACAUUUUCUCAAGUUGGUACUUGAAAAGUACUUGAAUUAAAAUGAGAGGAGAACAGAUAAUGAUGAAAUAUGUUUAUGAAAAAUAUUAGAACAAUUUGUCAAUUGUGACACACCUUUCAUGCAUAAAAAUCCAGCCAUGGUGGUCUUUCUCACUAUAAAAAGAGACAAUUGUUUACUGUGUACUCUCCACACAUCUCUCCUCUCCAUACAGUGGGGGAAAAAAGUAUUUAGUCAGCCACCAAUUGUGCAAGUUCUCCCACUUAAAAAGAUGAGAGAGGCCUGUAAUUUUCAUCAUAGGUACACGUCAACUAUGACAGACAAAAUGAGGAAAAAAAAUCCAGAAAAUCACAUUGUAGGAUUUUUAAUGAAUUUAUUUGCAAAUUAUGGUGGAAAAUAAGUAUUUGGUCAAUAACAAAAGUUUCUCAAUACUUUGUUAUAUACCCUUUGUUGGCAAUGACACAGGUCAAACGUUUUCUGUAAGUCUUCACAAGGUUUUCACACACUGUUGCUGGUAUUUUAUCCCAUUCCUCCAUGCAGAUCUCCUCUAGAGCAGUGAUGUUUUGGGGCUGUCGCUGGGCAACACAGACUUUCAACUCCCUCCAAAGAUUUUCUAUGGGGUUGAGAUCUGGAGACUGGCUAGGCCACUCCAGGACCUUGAAAUGCUUCUUACGAAGCCACUCCUUCGUUGCCCAGGCGGUGUGUUUGGGAUCAUUGUCAUGCUGAAAGACCCAGCCAUGUUUCAUCUUCAAUGCCCUUGCUGAUGGAAGGAUGUUUUCACUCAAAAUCUCACGAUACAUGGCCCCAUUCAUUCAUUCCUUUACACGGAUCAGUCGUCCUGGUCCCUUUGCAGAAAAACAGCCCCAAAGCAUGAUGUUUCCACCCCCAUGCUUCACAGUAGGUAUGGUGUUUUUUGGAUGCAACUCAGCAUUCUUUGUCCUCCAAACACGACGAGUUGAGUUUUUACCAAAAAGUUCUAUUUUGGUUUAAUCUGACCAUAUGACAUUCUCCCAAUCCUCUUCUGGAUCAUCCAAAUGCACUCUAGCAAACUUCAGACGGGCCUGGACAUGUACUGGCUUAAGCAGGGGCACACGUCUGGCACUCCAUGAUUUGAGUCCCUGGCGGCGUAGUGUGUUACUGAUGGUAGGCUUUGUUACUUUGGUCCCAGCUCUCUGCAGGUCAUUCACUAGGUCCCCCCGUGUGGUUCUGGGAUUUUUGCUCACCGUUCUUGUGAUCAUUUUGACCCCACGGGGUGAGACCUUGCGUGGAGCCCCAGAUCGAGGGAGAUUAUCAGUGGUCUUGUAUGUCUUCCAUUUCCUAAUAAUUGCUCCCACAGUUGAUUUCUUCAAAUCAAGCUGCUUACCUAUUGCAGAUUCAGUCUUCCCAGCCUGGUGCAGGUCUACAAUUUUGUUUCUGGUGUCCUUUGACAGCUCUUUGGUCUUGGCCAUAGUGGAGUUUGGAGUGUGACUGUUUGAGGUUGUGGACAGGUGUCUUUUAUACUGAUAACAAGUUCAAACAGGUGCCAUUAAUACAGGUAACGAGUGGAGGACAGAGGAGCCUCUUAAAGAAGAAGUUACAGGUCUGUGAGAGCCAGAAAUCUUGCUUGUUUGUAGGUGACCAAAUACUUAUUUUCGACCAUAAUUUGCAAAUAAAUUCAUAAAAAAUCCUACAAUGUGAUUUUCUGGAAGUUUUUUUCUCAAUUUGUCUGUCAUAGUUGACGUGUACCUAUGAUGAAAAUGACAGGCCUCUCUCAUCUUUUUAAGUGGGAGAACUUGCACAAUUGGUGGCUGACUAAAUACUGUUUUUCCCCACUGUAUCUCCAUACAUCCCUGAGAGAGACAGAGAGGGAGAUGGAGAGGUGUUUCAGACUAACCGAAGCGUGAAGCCACAUCUGAUGCGACAGGCAGCUCAGUGUGACGUGGGAGUAACUUAGAAAGGAGGGCAGAGCCAUCGGUCCACACUGAAACCUGCCAUCGCUCUAUGGUUACAUAAACACCACAGCACAGAUUAGGGACGGGGGCGUUCAGCAGAUUCCUCUCUUUCUUUCCCUGUUAUGUAACGUUCCGAUGGGAACGAAGAGAGAGGAGGAAAGAAACAAGCGUCCUCAGUGUCUCUAAUGGGAGAUGAUAUAGAGGGCCACUUUGUGUGCGUGUGCACAUGGAUUCCAUUGGUCCUGCAGUUAGAGACGUACUGUAUACAGGUCGGACCAAAACUCUAAUCUGAAGAGAAGACUGUGGUUGUUUGCCUGUUGUGUACAUUCUGUACAACAUUACAGUAAACACACGGCUGGUCAAAUGCUGACAAAACCAUACGUGUAAAAUUAGGUAACCCCAUGGAGAACAGUCGUGUUUUUGGUCCACAUUCAAAUCAAAUCAAAUUGUAUUUGUCACAUGCGCCAAAUACAACAGGUGUAGUAGACCUUACAGUGAAAUGCUUCCUUACAAGCCCUUAACCAACAAUGCAAUUUUAAGAUAGAUUACCCCCAAAAAAAGACCAGAAAAACAUUUUAUUUUUAUUUUUUAUAAGAAAUAAAAGUAACAAAUAAUUAAAGAGCAGCAGUAAAAUAACAGUAGCGAGGCAAUAUACAGGGGGUACCAGUACAGAGUCAAUAUGCGGGGGCACCGGUUAGUCGAGGUAAUUAAGAUAAUAGGUACAUGUAGUUAUUAAAGUGACUAUGCAUAGAUAAUAAACAGAGAGUAGCAGCAGCGUAAAAGAGGAGGGGGUGGGCAAUGCAAAUAGUCCGGGUAGCCAUUUGAUUAGAUGUUCAGGAGUCUUAUGGCUUGGGGGUAGAAGCUGUUUAGAAGCCUCUUGGACCUAGACUUGGCGCUCCGGUAACGCUAGACGUGCGGUAGCAGAGAGAACAGUCUAUGACUAGGGUGGCUGGAGUCUUUGACCAUUUUUAGGGCCUUCCUCUGACACCGCCUGGUAUAGAGGUCCUGGAUGGCAGGAAGCUUGGCCCCAGUGAUGUACUGGGCCGUACGCACCACCCUCUGUAGUUCUCAAUGUGUGCGUGUGUGUGUACGUGCGUGCGUGCGCUCUCGCUCGCUCAGCCAUCUAAAGAGGGCACGGUCUCCCAUUGACUUCUACUGUGCCUUGGGGCAGGAGUCACUGGACUACUCCAUUCAUUUUCACAGGGAGGGACACUUUCUGGAUAGUGGCAUUGCUCUGUCUCUCUCCCUCUCACUCUGUCUCCUCUAUUCUCUCUCUCCUCUAUUCUCUAUCUCUCUCUCUUCUAUUUUCUCCUAUCUCUCUCUUCUCUAUUCUCUCUCCUCUCUCUCCUCUAUUCUCUCUCUCCUCUAUUCUCUCUCUCAUCUAUUCUCUCCUCUAUUCCCUCUCUCCUCUAUUCUCUCUCUCCUCUCCUCUCUCUCCUCUUCUCUCUCUCCUCUAUUCCCUCUCUCUCUCCUCUAUUCCCUCUCUUUCUCCUCUAUUCUCUCUCUAUGCUCACCCAGUAGAUAUGGGAGUUAAUCAACAUUGGGUUUGUUUUCAAAUUCUUUGUGGAUCGCUGUAAUCUGAGGGAAAUAUGUGUCUCUAAUAUGGUCAUACAUUUGGCAGGAGGUUAGGAAGUGCAGCUCUGUUUCCACCUCAUUUUGUGGGCAGUGUGCACAUAGCCUGUCUUCUCUUGAGAGCCAGGUCUGCCUACGGUGGCCUUUCUCAAUAGCAAGGCUAUGCUCACUGAGUCUGUACAUAGUCAAAGCUUCCAUUAAGUUUGGGUCAGUCACAGUGGUCAGGUAUUCUGCCACUGUGUACUCUCUGUUUAGGGCCAAAUAGCAUUCUAGUUUGUUCUGUUUUUAUGUUAAUUCUUUCCAAUGUGUCUCUUUUAGUUUUUUCAUGAUUUGUUUGGGUCUAAAUGUGUUGUUAAUAAUAAUAAUAAUAAUAAUAUGCCAUUUAGCAGACGCUUUUAUCCAAAGCGACUUACAGUCAUGCGUGCAUACAUGUUUUGUGUAUGGGUGGUCCCGGGGAUCGAACCCACUACCUUGGCGUUACAAGCGCCGUGCUCUACCAGCUGAGCUACAGCUGAGCUACUGUUGUCCUGGGGCUCUGUGGGGUCUGUUCGUGUUUGUGAACAGAGCCCCAGGACCAGCUUGCUUAGGGGACUCUUCUCCAAAUUCAUCUCUCUGUAGGUGAUGGCUUUGUUAUGGAAGGUUUGGGAAUCGCUUCCUUUUAAGUGGUUAUAGAAUUUAACGGCUCUUUUCUGGAUUUUGAUAAUUAGCGGGUAUCGGCCUAAUUCUGCUCUGCAUGCAUUAUUUAGUGUUUUUCGUUGUACACGGAGGACAUUUUUGCAGAAUUCUGCAAGCAGAGUCUCAAUUUGGUGUUUGUCCCAUUUUGGGAAUUAUUGGUUGGUGAGCGGACUCCAGACCUCACAACCAUAAAGGGCAAUGGGUUCUAUAACUGAUUCAAGUAUUUUUAGCCAGAUCCUAAUUGGUAUGUCGAAUUUUAUGUUCCUUUUGAUGGCAUAGAAGGCCCUUCUUGCCUUGUCUCUCAGUUCGUUCACAGCUUUGUGGAAGUUACCUGUGGCGCUGAUGUUUAGGCCAAGGUAUGUAUAAUUUUUUGUGUGCUCUAGGGCAACGGUGUCUAGAUGGAAUUUGUAUUCGUGGUCCUGGCAACUGGACCUUUUUUGGAACACCAUUAUUUUUGUCUUACUGAGAUUUACUGUGAGGGCCCAGGUCUGACAGAAUCUGUGCAGAAGAUCUAGGUGCUGCUGUAGGCCCUCCUUGGUUGGUGACAGAAGCACCAGAUCAUCAGCAAACAGUAGACAUUUGACUUCAGAUUCUAGUAGGGUGAGACCGGGUGCUGCAGACCAUUCUAGUGCCCUCGCCAAUUCGUUUAUAUAUAUGUUGAAGAGGCUGGGGCUUAAACUGUAUCCCUGUCUCACCCCACGGCCCUGUGGAAAGAAAUGUGUGUGUUUUUUGCCAAUUUUAACUGCACACUUGUUGUUUGUGUACAUUGAUUUUAUAAUGUCAAAUGUUUUUUCCCCAACUCCACUUUCCAUCAAUUUGUAUAGCAGACCCUCAUGCCAAAUUGAGUCAAAAGCUUUUUUGAAAUCAACAAAGCAUGAGAAGACUUUGCCUUUUUUUUGGUUGGUUUGUUUGUCAAUUAGGGUGUGCAGGGUGAAUACGUGGUCUGUCGUAUGGUAAUUUGGUAAAAAAACAAUUUGACAUUUGCUCAGUACAUUGUUUUCACUGAGGAAAUUAACUAGUCUGCUGUUAAUUAUAAUGCAGAGGAUUUUCCCAAGGUUGCUGUUGACGCAUAUCCCAUGGUAGUCCUUGGGGUCAAAUGUAUCUCAACUUUUGUGGAUUGGGGUGAUCAGUCCUUGGUUCCAAAUAUUGGGGAAGAUGCCAGAGCUAAGGAUGAUGUUAAAGAGUUUAAGUAUAGCCAAUUGGAAUAUGUGGUCUGUAUAUUUUAUCAUUUCAUUGAGGAUACCAUCAACACCAAAGGCCUUUUUGGGUUGGAGGGUUUGUAUUUUGUCCUGUAGUUCAUCCAAUAUCAUUGGAGAAUCCAGUGGGUUCUGGUAGUCUUUAAUAGUUGAUUCUAAGAUUUGUAUUUGAUCAUGUAUAUUUUUUUGCUGUUUGUUCUUUGUUAUAGGCCAAAAAGAUUGGAGAGGUGGUUUACCCAUACAUCUCCGUUUUGGAUAGAUAGCUCUUCGUGUUGUUUGUUUAGUGUUUUCCAAUUUCCCCAGAAGUGGUUAGAGUCUAUGGAUUCUUCAAUUACAUUGAGCUGAUUUCUGACAUGCUGUAUUUCUGUAUUGUUUUAGUGAUUCACCACAGUGAAGGCGUAGGCUCAGGUUUUCUGGGUCUCUAUGUUUUUGGUUGGAUAGGUUUCUCAAUUUCUUUCUUAGGUUUUUGCAUUCUUCAUCAAACCAUUUGUCAUUGUUGUUACUUUUCUUCGGUUUUCUGUUAGAGAUUUUUUGAUUUGAUAGGGAAGCUGAGAGGUCAAAUAUACUGUUUAGGUUUUCUACUGCCAAGUUUACACCUUCACUAUUACAGUGGAACGUUUUGUCCAGGAAGUUGUCUAGAAGGGAUUGAAUUUGUUGUUGCCUAAUUGUUUUUUGGUAGGUUUCCACACUACUUUCCUUCCUUUAUAGCAUUUCUUAAUAUUAUUCAAUUCCUUUGGCUUUGAUGCCUCAUGAUUUGAGUAUUGCUCUGUUCAAGUAGACUGUGAUUUUGCUGUGGUCUGAUAGGGGUGUCAGUGGGCUGACUGUGAACGCUCUGAGAGACUCUGGGUUGAGGUCAGUGCUAAAGUAGUCUACAGUACUACUGCCAAGAGAUGAACUAUAGGUGUACCUACCAUAGGAGUCCCCUCGAAGCCUACCAUUGACUAUGUACAUACCCAGCGUGCGACAGAGCUGCAUGAGUUGUGACCCGUUGUUGUUGGUUAUGUUGUUGUAGUUGUGCCUAGGGGGGCAUAUGGGGGAGGGAAUGCUGUCACCUCCAGGUAGGUGUUUGUCCCCCUGUGUGCUGAGGGUGUCAGGUUCUUGUCCAGUUCUGGCAUUUAGGUCACCACAGACUAGUAUGUCCCUGGGUCUGGAAAUGAUUGAUUUCCCCCUCCAGGAUGGAGAAGCUGUCUUCAUUAAAGUAUGGGGAUUGAAGUGGGGUUAUAUAGGUAGCACACAGGAGGACAUUUUUCUCUGUUGAGAUCAUUUCCUUUUGAAUUUCUAGCCAAAUGUAAAAUGUUCCUGUUUUGAUUAAUUUAAUAGAGUGAGUUAGAUCUUCUCUAUACCAAAUUAGCAUACCCCCUGAGUCCCUUCCCUGUUUCACACCUGGUAGUUUGGUGGAUGGGACUACCAGCUCUCUGUAACCUAGAGGGCAACCAGUGGGUCCGUCUCCUUUAUACCAUGUUCUCUCCCUCUUCUCUCUCCCCAUCUCUUCUGCAGCCUCUCAGCGCGAGAAAUCGCACACCGCUCGCCAGGGCGAGGCCAGCGCGCGCAGGCGCGGCCCUUAGCCGCCCGCCACGAGCGGCCCGAGUAGCGAGCGCCCAGGCCGCGCCGGGCGCGCGGGCGCCCGCGAGGCCGGCGAGCGUCGGAGCGAGGUCGCGCGGGAGGCCCGAGAGGAGCGGAUGAGCGCGCGCGCCGCGCGAGAGCGAGACGAGCGCAUGCGCGAGAAGGCGAGGCGCGAGGGCGCGCGCGAGGCCGCGCGCGCCGAGACGAGAGAGCGAGGCCAGCGCGCGAGGCCGCAGAGCGCAGCGCGACGCGAGGCGCGCGAGCGAGCGAGCAGAGAGGCGCGCGCGGCAGCAGAGAGGAAACGAGGCGCGAGCGAGAGGGGCGCGAGGAGGCGCGACGAGAGGCGCGAGAGCGAGGCAAGAGGAAAGGGAGCGCGAGCGAGAGGAGCGGGACGCGAGGGGGAGAAGAGAGACGGGCGGAAGCUGGAGGAGCGCAGCGCAGAGAGACGAGGAGAGAGAGAGAGAGAGAUGCUGGCGAGCGAGAGAGCGAGCGCGAGGAGAGAGAGCGAGCGAGAGGAGCGGCGAGUCUCUCCACUCUAG